UGGCGCUCCUUGUGUCCUCCUCCCCGGGGCGAGAGAAAGGACGAUCCCUCGGUGCGCGGCCAUGGCAGAAGCCCAGCAGCGCCGGAUCCGGAGAGGCUAGGGGAGGCUGACGGUGCGCCCUGGGGCUUGGAUCGGGCGCCCCGCACCUGGCGCAGCGCUGGACGGCGGAGAGCCGGGGGCCGCCACGCCGGGUAAGGCUGCGCCGAGUCAGGGGUGGCGGUGGUGGUCGGGGCAGGCGGAGCCCACCCUCGGGGAAGGCGGGCAGGCCGGCGCGCAGACAGGAAACAGCUGAUCGCGCCUGCUGGGCUUUGGCCUGCGGCCUCCGGAGGCGCAGGGAGCACCUGGCCGCGUUGCGAUGCGCCUUGCUAGCCCGGCCGGGUCAAGGGCCUGCCUGUCUGCGGGGUUGGAGAGCCGGGCAUGCGGGGACUGCACAGGAGGAGGAGGAGGAGGGAAAGGCGCGCUUCCCUCUGCUGCAGGAUCGGGGCUGGGGAGAGGAGGUGGGGAUAGAGAGCAGACCUCUUGCAAGGUGAUUGUUAUUAUUCUUAUUCUUAUUUUGAGGGGGUGUAUAGAAUUGGUGGAGCUUGGCCAGGCCCUCCCUCCCCAUCUUUCUCAGACACAAAAGGAGGUGGGCUUGCUGCUGCUACUGAGGCCAGAAUUUGAAUGGGAGCGGGUGCAUCUAUGGGGACAGAGGAGGGGGAGCAUCUCAGAUGGGGGAGGUGUCAUUGAGAGAUGGCCGCUGGUGCAGCAAGUACAGAGCCCAGCCCAGGUAAGGGAAGGGGAGGCCAAGCGAGGAGCUUGUGGGUGGAUUGGGGCCAAGUCCUCUCCCAAAUGAGGUCCCCGGAGCCUUGGGGGGGGAGGGAAAUGUCAGUGCAUCCAGCGUGGCAGGUAGGAGGUUCCCUUUAUCUCUCAAUGACGAGAGAGGUAUAUAAAAGAGCAGAAGGCCACUUUGGGUAGGGACUGGCGGCGAGGGAUCAAUAGAGCUGGAGGUUUCCUCUUCCUCCUCCCGGAUUCUGCUGCUCCCUGCUAGCGUCCUACCAAAAUAAUACCACCCCCCCUUCCCAGGGAUUCACACCGCUCGCCAGCUUGGAUUCCUGCUGCAGCCCCAGACUUCUUCCUAAACAAAGAGACGAAGGGUCCCUCCAGUCGACUUAUCUAUCCACACCCCCCUGGAGGUUUGAAUGCUCCCCCACCCCUCGAAAGAGAGACAGAUUUAUCCGGCUGGCUGGCUGGCUGGCGGCUUUAUUGUUGCACCUUGGGUAGGGCUGGUGGCGAAGCUUCGGAUCCCCCCCCCCCCCCGCAAUCCUUUCCUUGGGUGUGGAUAGCUGCUGGCAGUCGCUUUGUAAUGGUGGCAAGAUCUGGGAGGAAUCGCCUGGCUCAGCCAGUUGAACUGGCAUCUGGUAGCACCAGGCAACCCAAAUGCUAACCAUCUUUUGGAGCUGGUUUUUCUCCCUCUUGCUUGUUAUGUGUGCUGGCUUCUCUCGUUCUCCUUCUCUUGUAAUGCUUUUUCCCCAAUCACGCGCUUCAUUUAGUAACCCCUUUCCUCUUCUCACCCCUUCCUCCUCCUCCUCCUCAUUUCUCCUCUUCUUUUUUUAAAACCUGCAACGAAAAGAAAACGAAAAAAGCAAUCAGGGGGCUUAUGGUGGGCUCGAUCUGUGGGCCUGGCUUGUGUGUUUUCCUUUAAAUCUUCCCCUCCUGCUGGCAAAAUGUCCAUAAUAAGCAUUAGUUGUGGCAGAAUCUGCUGCUUAGGGUUAGGGCGAGCUGAUUAAAGCUACAGCCUCCGAGCAAAAGAAAAAUGAAAAACGUUGGGGGGGGGGGGAGAGAGAAUAGAGUUGCAGGCUUCAGUCGCUGCUCUGACUUGUGUCUGCUUUUGUGGGCCAAUGGGGGCUCUUGCCCAGAGUGUUUAUUCCCUUCCUCCUAGCAACAGAUGCCAACAUGCCCCUGCAGCUCCUAGCAUGCACUGGAAGAGGGAGUGGGAAAAUGCAGCGUCAAAAGGAGGAAAGUGUGAGGCCUGGGUUUCAGCAGUUUCCCGUGAAAGGGCUAUAUAGCUCAGGGGCAGUGCAUCUGAUUGGCAUGCAGAAGGACCCAGGACCCAUCCCUGGCAUCCUCAGGUGAGGCUAGGAGAGAUCCUGCCAGUCAAUUUAGGCAGUGAGUUAGAUGGGCCAGUGGCAUAAGGCAGCUUCUGAGGUUCAUACUUAGCUUUCGCAUAGUGCUUUGUGAAUGUUCAAAGCACUUACAGUUGCAUGAAAAAUCCAGCAUUGCAGGGGAUUGGGCUAGGUGUCCCUUCCAACUCUACAUUUCUAUGAAAAUGUAGUGCUAAGGCUAACCUUGCAUCAGUGCAAGCAUUUGUCCUUGUGCAACAGGAUGGCCCCCUUCUCUCUCUCUCUCUCUCCCCUGUGUGCCCCAUAAAUUUGCUCUGGUGGUUACCUGUGAUUUUGCAACAGUGUGGGGUGUGAAAGUCCUGUUCUGCAGGUGCAAUAAUUUAGUUCACUUCAGCCCUUGAUUCGUAGUGUCUUGCGAAUCCACCUAACAGGAAGGGACGUUAGCAGAUAGAUCCAGCACCUUAAGACAGCAAUAGCUGGAUAGCCUACGAACAAGAGUACUUAUUCAAAAGUGUACUCACUUCAGUCAUUGAGCAUUGCAUGGUAUGCAGAUGGAGGCAUGGGAGGGGAGCUGCUUUGAAUUAAGUGAGGCGCAAAGGGAGCAAAUUUACAAGUGAAAUCUUCCAUGCAGGAGAACCUUCCUUCCUCUAUCAGCUCAGUGGUGAGGCAGCCUUUUCCCUUGAUAUGUUAAAUUUCCUGCCCCACCUCUUACAGGGGGGAUUUAUAAAAACUAGGAAGUUGGAACAUAAUAGGCUUGACACUUAUUUCCCCGCCCCCCCACUUUCACAGCAGCCUAACACACAGAAACAUCUAUUUAUUACCUUUUAAAAUAAGCAUCACCCGUCAAUUGCUUUGGACAUCUUGCACGUAAAAUAUAUAUUUGCUUUUCCCUGACCCAUAAGAUUGGACCAGGUGUCUGUCUUUCAUCUCUGUUUUUAUGACACUUUAGAAAUUGCUUUCGUAUGUUUGGAUUUUUGUGCGUACUUAGAGGUUUUGAAUAUUCCGCAGUUUAUAAGUGCUUUGAAAUAAACAAAUGGGGUUUAUUUUAAGCCUUGAACUCUGCACCCCAAGUUGCUCAGGACAGCAGACAGGGUCUCUCUUCCCCCAGUCAUAGAAUCUGAAGGGACCAUGAGGAUCAUCUAGUCCAACCCUCUGCAACGCAGGAAUCUUUUGCCCAACAUGGAGAUUAAGAGGAGUCUCAUGCUCUACCAGCUGAGCCAUCAUUUAUAAGCCAGAACAUUGGAAGCUGAUUUAUAGUGAGUCAGAACACUGGUCCACACUGGUCCCACACUGUCACCAGCUCUCUGGGGUUUCAGACUGAGACCAUUCCUACCUGGAGAUGCCAGGGAUUGAACCUUCAACCUUCUGGAUGCAAAGCAGAUGCUCAGCCACUGAGCCACGGCACUAGGCUAAGAGCUAGUGACAACUCCAGGUCACCUAAUGAGCUCUAUGACUGAGUGGGGGUUUGAGCCCAGCUCCCUCCAGUCAGUCCAACAGUCUUCACCGAGAAUGAGAUGGGUUGGCCCUCCAGAGAUCAGACUACAGCUCCCAUUACCCCUACCUGUUGGCUGUGCUGGCUGGGGCUCGUAGGACUUGCAGCCCAACAACAGCACCUGGAGAUCACAGGUGCUCCAUCCUUGCUCUAACCACAGGUGUGGAGAUAAGGAGUGGGAAGAGUGCUGAAUUCCUGUGUGUUAGUCUGCGGUUAAAGGUGUAGGAUCAGGUUAUAGGUCAAAACUUGAAAUGCCUCUCUGUACUUUGGUUUUCCCUAGAGCAUCAAGUGGGCCUUCCAGGUGAGGCGCAGGUGGUAACCAGGAAGGAAGGCACUCAACUCUAAUCUAUCCCAGAGACAUAGACUGGCUUGUUCCGUAUGACCUGCUCUGCCUGUUUCCGUGUGUGGAUGUUGUGCACGGAAUUCUGUGAGCAUUCUGUGUUUUCCUUGCCUCCUUUCUCCUUUUGUGUUCAGCUUCUUGAAUGCUUUGUGCAUGUAAAUCCUCCUAGCACUGAAAGUUCAGCGUGGCCAAGAGAAAGGCUGCUUUUAAAAAAGUCUAUAAGGCAGAGGUUUUCAACCUUUUUGAGUCCAUGGCUCCCUUGACUAACUACAUUUUUUCUGUGGUACCCCCGCAGGGCUCAGGAGCCCAGUUAUGUCGUUCCUUGCCUGGGGAGUCAGCAGCCCUUUGCCCCUUUUCGAACACCCUGCCUUGGGGAGUGUUCCCUCGGCCUCCUCUCUUCUCCUUGGGAGUCCUCUGGGCAGCCGCAGCUGCCGCCCCUGGUCUCUGAGCUGCUCCCGCUGCCCCAAAGAGAGGUGCCUCCUCAAAUUUCCCCACAGGGGCCUGGGAAGGCACCUUUCGCCUGCGGAGCUUGUAGCCAGGGCUGAUGCAACAAACAGCUGUGCAAGCCUUUGGGAGGCAGAGAUGCGAGGGGGCAUCAGAGGAGGGAGGGAAGGAAAGAGGGACAGAGGCCCGUGUUGCCCGUGGCACCCCUGACCAUCAUUCAAGGCACACUGGUUGAAAACUACUGCUAUAAGGUGUUCAAGACCCAAGCUCAAGGGCUUUUAAGCAUGAUUCCAGGCUUGAUGUCUGGUGGGCUUUGGCUCAUACUGAACUUCCUGGGCUUUGAGAUUGUCAUCGGAAGCCCUUUUUCAUGUGUCACCUCUGAGGAUGGUGAUGAAAGAAGGGGCCAUUUCUGCCCACCACUGAUACUCUCCUAGGAGAGGCCCUCCUGGUGCCAACUUUGCCAUGUUUCAGUGCCAGGCAAAGUCUCUUUUUGUUUUCCUCGGCAAUUGGACAUCACCAGUGGGUGGAUCUUUUUGUUCUGUGUUUUUAAUAGGCUUUUUAUUCUUGCUGUAAAAAGUCAUGCUUUUCAGGACUUUUUGUUGUGGGAAGUGGUUUGUAAAUUCAGCAAACCUUUGUUUGUCUUCCUGGUUGGCUUUGGGUGGAUAUUUUCUCCAUUUCCCUUUUAUAAUAACUCUGUGAACUACCAGAGUUGGGAGGCUCCCUGGCUCAGUGGUAGAACAUUUGCUUUGCCCACAGAAAGUCCCAUGUUCCUUCUCGAGCAUUUCCAGGUUGGGAAACUCCCUGGUCUGAAACCUUGGAGAACUGGUCUUGGUCAGCAAAGAAUGGGGCUGGGGAAUAUCUGGAUCUCCAAAUGUUGCCGAACUGCAGCUCCAAAUUUCUGCACACCUGCACCUGGGGGACCAGAGGUGGGCAAAGGAUGCAUUAGGAUCUGUACUGUUGGUGCAUCUCUGGGUGAUUUUGAAGUAGAUCCGCAGGGAAUUCUGGCUCCCAGUCAUUUAACAAUGGCAAUAUCAAAAUAUCUAACCAGGAGCGGGUUUUUGUGACUGUGAGCUCGGUUCAGUUUUGGUACCCAGAACAAAUUCCUGGGCUCAGGAUGCUUUAAUCCUAAAUGCAUGCUGUUAGCUCCUGACUCCAGUUGAUAGAUAUUUGCGUAUUAGUAAAAAGCAAAGUAGAUCUUGAAAUCUGCUCUCAUAUGCUGUGGUAAAGGAAUUAGUGGUCAUGCUUUUUGUGCUCCUAACACUUGACAUGGUUUGUUUGCCUUUGUUGGUCCACAUUUUUUUCCUGGAACUUUUUUUUCUCUCUCUCAUCUAGGAUGGUGAAAAGUUGAAGUGCCAAACACCAAAAUGAGUGUGACGUCAUGGUUUCUGGUGAGCAGUGCAGGCAUUCGCCACCGGCUCCCUCGGGAGAUGAUAUUUGUUGGCAGAGAAGACUGUGAGCUGAUGCUCCAGGUAAGUGAUUAUGCCUUCGUUCUCAUAAUUAGCACAACUUGGGUUUUAUCUCUGAAAAAGAGCAAGGACACACAACCCCCCCUCAUACAUUUAGAACACUUGUAGUACACACUUUUUAACAGUUCUGGAGACCUUGGGAACUUUAGUUUGCUAAGGGUCCUGACUUUACUGUUGAAGUAGUGUGAGUGCUUCAAAUACGGAUUUUUCUUGAGACUCCAAAUGCAAUAGUAGAACUUAGCAUGUGCCCCCAAACUGAAAAUGCUAUGGGUCUAUGUACAGAGCGUAUCUGAGUGCUCAAAAUUUGGUGGUAUUCGUAGUUGCUCUAUUUCUAUACGGACAAAAACUUUUAGCAUGGUGACACCAGCGAUUUGUUCCUGUUGGAAUUAGCUUGGCACCUACAAUCCUGGUAUUUUAUCACCUGCUGAAAAUGUUUUUUUCUUUCUUUUCAUUUCUUUGAGAGUUUUUACAGAAUUGAUCCAGGAGUGGUUGUUUGCUCUGUAUUUUUAAAAUUUUAUUUAACUUUCUUAUUUUGAUGGUUGUUUUGUAUAGCACCACAAUAUAUACAUAUAUACAUACAUACAUAUACAUGUAUGUAUGUGUGUGUGAGUGAGAGAGAGAGAGAGUGAGAGAGCGAGCGAGAGCUGGAGGUUUAUAAAUUUUCUUACAAUAUAAAUAAUUAAACAUUAUCCCCAUAUUUCAGCAGGGGAUAAAUAGUAAGACUGAUUGACUAGGAAUCUGCCUGAGGCACCUUAGUAAAACUCAUGAGUUAGAUUAGCGAAAGGUAGAUUAGGAUUUAUGGGUAGAUCUCUGGGCAACCGGAAGUAGAUCGACAAGGAUUUGUGACUUGAUGGUUCUACAGUGGUAGCAAAAUACACGCCCCCCCCCCCCCCGCAAGCGAAGGUUCUUCUUAUGAAUAUUUCAGUUCUGUAUUUGUUUAAAUCACUGGUUCUUUAUCUUUUUUCACACCCUGCCCCUGGGCUCUGUUGGAGGAAGGGUGAGAUUCAUAAAUACAAUAAAUAAUAAAUUAGGAUAAAUUAUGCUGAGCACCAGGAAGAACCAACUAGAUCAGGCCGAUGGCAUAUCAUCCAAUUCUUGCGUGGCCAACCAGGUGCCUAUAUAGGAAGCUCAAAAUAAAGGAAGGUGCGUGAAAGGCAGAGAGUGUAGCCAGACAUGGAUUUUUGUGCAGCAGGACUGGGGCUGGGCGAUAGCUGGUUUUCAGCUUCACAAUAUAUCACCAACUAAUGUAUUUUCCCAGUGAUCAAAACUGCUAGAAAGAAAACCUUGAGGGAAACCUUGUGUGAAUCAGCAGUGAAAGAGUACAGAAAUUGUGAUUUCUGGCGUGAUGUGGUGGUUUGAGUGUUGCACUUCGAAUGGGGGCAGCCAAGUUCAAAUCCCCUCUCAGAUGCUCAGCUUAUUAUGUGAUGUUGGGCUGCUUGCUGUCAUUCAGCCUAAUCUACCCCAUAGGUUUGUUAGGAUAAAUUCUCUGUGUGUGUUGAAGAAGGGCCUUUGAUGAGCUCCUUUGGAAGACGGGACAGUAUAAGAAUGAAUGGAUUAACACCAUUCAGUUGAUUCAGCACUUCUUCAUUCAUCUUUAUAACUGUUCCAUUCAUCCAAGCAAGCAUCCGAACUUGCAUGUGUAGCUUAAAAAAAAAAAGUAUUUGCAAGUGGGUGCUCAGCAUCAUUCUUCCGCACACAUUCUGUACCUAACCCUUGUUUGCUUUGAUUUCACCCAUGAUAGGUCGCUGGGGGAAAUAUGGAGCCUGGAGAAAGUGGUAGUCUUGAAGCUUGGGUAUUUAAAUAAAUUUUGCUGUUGGGGGAAAAAAGCUUAAUCUUUCAGGAAACCUUCUGUGCCUACUUUACGGCUUGGAAAUACUUAAAAUAUUUGUGAGGAUUAAGAAGCAUGUAUUGCUGAAUUUCAGGUUGUGAUUAGAAUAUUUAGAGGAAAACUGAGCAUGCAUCUACUCCUUUCCUGGGGGAGGGGAGUUAAGUUAGGUGCUUAGCGCCUGUUGCAGGCUGAAUUCUGCCACUCUUUGUGUGCCAGAAAUGCAGUGGGGUGUCUGCUUUGAGUGUUGUAUUUUGAUCUGGAAAUGCUCCCAGACUUGCAGAGAUCGCACAUGUCCACUCCGUGUUCCGGGCUUGUGUGCUUGCGCCAAAAGAUCAAGUCAUGGGUGCCAGAAGUUCUGUGGAGGGGAUAGGCAGGUCUCCCUCAAAUUGUCUGUAGGUGCAGUAGGCGGCAACCCUAAACAGGCUUACUAGGGAGUAAGCCUCAUUGAAACCAAUGGAACUGCACAGGAGUGGAGCUGCAUGUCUUUCAUUUAUUAGGGAUCCAGUUAACAAGAGUAUAAUGACGGCCAAAAUGUGUGUGUGUGUAAAGUUUGUAUGCUACAAGAGGAAUUGAAGGUUAGAUGCAUGUUAGAAGCCGCUUAACAAAUGGGUUGUUUUAUGUCCUGCGUCUGUUUUUGUGUUUUCAUUUUGCAAAUUUGUUUUAAUGGCUAUUCGGAUUUUGAAAUUGGCGAGGUGCCUUGGAGAUUUUGCUGUUGUUCCAAAGGCAGGAUAGGAAUAUUUUGAUGUAUUUGGGUAAGGACUUUAUACUGUGUCCUCAUACUUUGUCCAUCUAGGUUAGUGUUGUCUGCACUGACUGGCAGUGGCUCUCCAGAGUUCCAGGCAAGGACUAUUUCCCAGCCCUACCUGGCGAAACUGAACCUGGCACCUUUUGCAUAGAAUGCUAAGCAGAAGCUCUUCCCCCGGAGAUUAAAGAUUAAAAGAUUCCAAAGAUUAAAAUUACCCAAAUGCACUAGGAUGCUUUGAUGCCACCUAUGCUGCAGCUGACAGGUGUGGAGCAUCCCAAGAUCAUUGGUUAGGGUGUCGGACUGGAAGGUAAAGGUAAAGGGACCCUUGACCAUUAGGUCCAGUCAUGACCGACUUUGGGGUUGCGGCGCUCAUCUUGCUUUACUGGCUGAGGGAGCCGGCGUACAGCUUCUGGGUCAUGUGGCCAGUAUGAUGACUAAGCCGCUUCUGGCGAACCAGAGCAGCGCACGGAAACGCCAUUUACCUUCCUGCCAGAGCGGUACCUAUUUAUCUACUUGCACUUUGAGGUGCUUUCAAACUGCUAGGUUGGCAGGAGCAGGGACCGAGCAACGGAAGCUCACCCCAUCACGGGGAUUCGAACCGCCGACCUUCUGAUCGGCAAGUCCUAGGCUCUGUAGUUUAACCCACAACGCCACCCGCGUCCCUCGGCCAUGGUGCGCGCUGAGUGACCUUGGGGCAGUCACUGCCUCUCAGCCUAACCAACCUCUCAGGGUUGUUGUGGAGGAUUAAAUGAGGAGGUGGAAGGGGAACCGUGUGAACCACCUUGAACUCCUUGGAGUAAAAGAUGGGAUAGAAAUGACAUGACAUGGCAUGAAAUGAAUAAAUUAAUAAAAUUGCCCCCAAAGCCCUUAUCCUAUCCGUGAGCCAUGAUUGACGGCACAAAGGGGGAAAAGGAGUGAUAUAAGUUGGGCUUCUUGCAGUGCGCAACCUGUUGACUGAUAAGAAAUAUGUCUGCAUAUAUGCAUAUUUUUUUGAGCAUUCAUAUUUUUUUGAGCAUUCAUUGAGAAAUACCUGUUUCUGUAUUUUUUUCAUCCAGAAAAAUGACCUGUGCCAUUGUACGUAAAAAAAAUUAUUUAUUUCAAAUUAUUACCUGUCAUUCUCGCUCUCAAGUCUCAAGGCAGGUUGCAGCAAUUGGAGACGCUACAUCCACCUCCUUGCUUUGCUUCCUUGUUUAUGUUUGGAAUAGCACAUACCAUGCAAUUAAUUGCCCAAUGAAAUAUAGAUAACUUACCCCUUAAGCAGUAGAUUUGGAGGGGAUGCAAUUCAUCAAAUGCCACAUCCAUUUCUAAAUGACUGCAGCGCCUUCUUGAGAAGCGCCAGCUGGCUUGAAAUGAUAGCUUUGUAUUUGGUUUUAUAUAUUUUGUCAAGUGUUAGUGCUCUUACAGCACAGUCCUAACCAGGCCUACUCAGAAGUAAGUCCCCAGUUGAAAGACCGUGGAGCAUGUGAAAGACAUCUCCCUGUGACCUUUGAGAACCAGGACUCAAUACUGAGGGAUCCUGGCCUGGAGGGACAAAUAGUAUUUCCUGGUCUAAGGCAGCUCCUUCCGUUUCUAUGCAUUGCACAAGAAACCAAGGCUACGAGUCAGUGUAAAAUCAUAUUCAUUCAUGUCGGCACAUUCCCCUCAGCUUCUCCUUCGGGAAACAUGUAGGGUUUUGACACCCACUGUCCAUAAUGCACACUUUCUGCCUUCAAGGUGUAGUUUUUUCAGCUGAUAGUAGCUUUCUUUUGAUGGUGAAGAUAACUCACGACAAUUACAGAAGGGUGUAAAAUGUAUGUAGAGAAAGAGGACAGAGGGGCGUUCCUCUCCCUCUCUCGUAAUUCUACAGCUCGCAGCCGUCCGGUGAAACUGAAUGGCAGGAGGUUCAGAACAACAAGCCCCUGUGUUGCAAACUUGACGCAACAAGCAAUACAAUUAACACGAAGACCAGUAUACAGUGGUGCCUCGCAAGACGAAAUUAAUUCGUUCUGCGAGUGUUUUCGUCUUGCGAAUUUUUCGUCUUGCGAAGCACAGUCAAGUCGCAACUGCACCUCUUCAAGCAAUGCACCCUGGGUUUUAAGAAAAAGGAAACAAACUUGCAAGACGUUUUCGUCUUGCAAAGCAAGCCCAUAGGGAAAUUCGUCUUGCGAAGCAACUCAAAAAACGAAAAACUCUUUCGUCUUGCGAGUUUUUUGUCUUGCGAGGCAUUCGUCUUGCGAGGUACCACUGUACUAGAUAGCACUGCAAUUCUUAUUGCAUGAUAUACAUGAUUUAGUACAACAAGAACACAAUGUGUACACUUGUAAAUUCUCUAAUAUAUUUGAAAUAAAUGAACACACGUCUGUCCAUCUUUGAAAGUCCGUAGAAGUAUAAUAAGUCUAUGGUUGAAACAAAAUAAUAGAUGCUGUCCUGUGGGCUAAGCGGUAAAACUUUUUAAAGGCGUUCAUGGUGCUGAAGUGAAUAACAACGUAGGACAGUGAUCCCGGAUAAUCUGACUGUUUCGCUGGAAUCUUCUUCAGCACAAACCAUAGAUUAGAAAAAUGCACAUGGAGCAGUGGUCAUGAGGAUAUUUACAAGUUUACACAUUGUGUUUUUGUUGUACUAAAUCAUGUAUAUCAUGCAAUAAGAAUUGCAGCGCUAUCUAGUAUACUGGUCUUCGUGUCGCUUGUAUUGUUUGUUGUGGCGGAGGUUCAGGACAGGUGAGGAACGGCUUCUUCACACAGUGCAUAGUUAAACUGUGGAGUUUGCUACCACCAUAGGCACCAACUUGAACAAAAUAGGUUACCCCUUGCCUGCAGGGCUGGUAGCUCUUCACCCCUUUUCGAACACCCUCCCUUGGGAGUCCUCUGGGCAGCAGCAGCGGCUGUUGCCCCUGGUCUCUGAGCUGCACCCUCCUUCCCCCAAAGAGAGGUGCCUCCACUUCCUGCCCCACAGGGGCCUGGGAAGCAUCCCCCAGCCAGCCCCACAUGCACCAUUCGCCUGGGGAACUUGUAGCCAGGGCUGCUGCAACAAACAGCUGUACAAGCCUUUGGGCGGCAGAGAUGCGAGAGGGCAUCAGAGGAGGGAGGGAAGGAAAGAGGGACAGAGGCCAGGGUUGCCCACAGCAUCCCUGACCAUCAUUCAAGGCACCCCAGGGUGGCACGGCACACUGGUCAAAAACCACUGUCAAUGUGGUUGACAACACAUUAAAACAUCAAAUAGAACAGUCCAGAAUAAAACAAAUUCAAACUUCAAGGAAAAUAAUUCAGAUCCUCCUCUACGUGACAUUUUGCUUUCCCCAGUUGCCAGCCUGGCAUCCAGAGAUCUCCACUUGGUCGCAAUUGGACCUGUGCCUGCCGCAAAAACGCGCCUGGCACCUAGCUAAUUUCUAACGCUGGCCAAAUAGGGGCCUGGAGGGACACAGUUGGCAGCUAAACCUGUGCUUCCCAUGCCACUGUAGCAGCAUGCUGGAUGAGACAGAUAGCUAGGCUAGAGGGCAGACAGUGUCCCAUAAUGUUUAUGGAAAGGAGCUCUCCAUCACUUAACAACUUCUGUUCCUUUGGCUAUCUCCACUGUCGGAGGCAUUGUGGCUCCGAAUACCAGUUUCUGGGAAUCGCAAGUGGGGAGAGUGCGGUUGUGUUAAUGUCUACCUUGCAGGCUUUUCACAGGCACCUGCUUGGCUGUUGUGAGAACAGGAUCCUGGCAGACCAGAUGGGCCAUUGGCCUGAUCCAGCAGGCUCUUAUGUUCCUGUAUUCAGGGCUUUUGCAUUCCUAACAAACCUUCCUUGCAUCCGUUUUUCCCCAUCCUGUCAGUUUGCUGAGUGGUGAUGGUGCUGGGGCCUUGGUCCUGCUUCUGGGUUGUGGCAGAGAAAUAGAAACACCUGCUCAGCAUCUGCGAAGCUUUAAUUGCACAUUCAAGGAGUGCCCUAUUAGAAGAAAACAUGCAUAGCGGCUUUGACUAACUUCCUGUUUCUGUCCAUUUAUUUAGAGAGGGUCGGCAGGGCGCAGACUGUGUCAAUGUUUACCCUGUGCAAAUUAGAAGCUGCAAGUUCUCAUGUUAGGAAUUUAUACAAAGUCCUUUGUGUGCACCGGGGGGCUGCUAUGUGCUGUGAAGUGUGAAGUCCCCCUAAAACACACAAUUAAGUAACAUGGCUCUGCUUUUUGACAUUUGUUUUGUUUUGAUGUAGCCUUGUUCUUAGACAGAUGCAGAUGAGGUGUUAAAACUCUGGACUAGGGAUGUUGUCAAUGGGAGCAGAAAUUACCUGUGCUCUCUUAUUUGCCCUUUGUCCAGAAUGGAUUCAGCGAAUACGAUUGGCAUUUGCUGCUGUUCUUUUCCAGUCUGAAAAUGAUAUGCAAUUGAUGAUGUACCCCCUUCCGCUAGGGGUGAACCUAUGGAGGAAAAAAUUGAAAAAUAUUAUAAUCUUAGAAUAUCUAACUGUGAAGAUACAUAAAAUGAAAGGGUUUAAGGUCAGUGAGAAGGAGGAGGAUUGGUUUGAGAAGAUAUUGAAUUAUUUGGGUAGGUUUGAACAAUUUGGGGCAAUUAAAAUGUUAAAAGUUAAAAAAAACCUUGUGGAGGGAGGAGUGUUAAAGGUAUAUAGAAUUGUACAUAUGGUUGAUUUGAAUACGUUAUUAUUGAUUAUGUAUACCCAGUGUAUCAGACACCUGGGGGGGGGUUCACUGUUUGUGUUUUGGUUGUUGGUAAAAAAAUAAAAUUAAAUAUUAUUAAAACAAAACUCUGCCUUCCUUCCCCCAGUCUCGCAGUGUGGAUAAGCAACAUGCCGUCAUCAACUACGACAAGGAGAAAGAUGAGCACUGGGUGAAGGAUUUGGGAAGCUUAAAUGGGGUAAGUAAGGAAGUCGGCUGCUGGAUGGCAUGGCUUCAUUCCUGUUGGUGUUUGGCUGCGUGUUUCCAUUUUCUUUGCUGGGAGCGCUCCAGAGACCUAUGUGCUGAUGGCGAUUGAAGCAUCUCAACUCGAAGUCAGUAGGGUUGGUGCUAAUUAUGGAAGGACAGUGAGCCUAUUUUGGUGGAACCCCUGGGUAUAAUGGAUAGGCCAGCCCCAGCUGUACCUCCAUAGAUGCUUCAUAGUGUUUGGCUAGAUCUGCCAGACGUUCAGUUUUUCUCCUCUUCCUCCUCCUGUUAUGGAAGGUCCGCAAAGGCCUGAAACACAUUUUGACUAGUAGCAAUGCUGGCAAGGGUUGUUCUGCUUUCUCAUGGAUUGAAACAAGACUUCCGAGUUGCGUCUUCUGCUGUAGAACUUAAGAAGAACUUGCUGGAUCAGGUCCAAGGACCAUCUGCAUUCAGGGUUCUUAUAGGCAUCUGGUUGACUUCAGUGAAAACAGGAUACUGCCCUUCAACUGAUCCAGCAGAGCUCUUCUUCUUAUGUUCCCAAUUGAUGUAUUUCAGAUAUUUCUGUUGUCCAAAUUAAAUUCUAUCUAUCUGUAUUACGGCUCGCCUUGUAUUAAGGUACUUGGCCUUACCGGCAGCUUCAUUUGUAAUUUUAGUAGAAAGUUUUGGGUUGCAUUCAAUGUGCUGCUAAGGUGAAUGUUCUGCUGGCACAAGGAUUUCUCCUUAUGUGAUGCGGUUCCCUCCCUCUGUUCCCCUUGUAUGCAGCCUAAAUAUGUCCUAGGUUUACUCACAACCCUCUGGAGCAGAUGCCAUUGCACAAGCCCUAAUAGUAGCAAAAUAGGUUUGUUGAAUACUGCUUAUUCCUCUCUAUGUGCAUAGUUUUCUAUGGAGCAUCUGUGCCUGCUGGUAAGCAAUAAAACAGGCAUAGGCAAACUCCGGCCCUCCAGAUGUUUGGGACCACAAUUCCCAUCAUCCCUAGCUAACAGGACCAGUGGUCAGGGAUGAUGGGAAUUGUAGUCCCAAAGAUCUGGAGGGCCGGAGUUUGCCUGCAAUAAAAUAAACAGCAGCAUUUUAAAAAAACUGUUGGGCUGUUAGAAAGGGAGUAAUUCCAUCAGAAAACAUUUGGAAGUUUUUAUUGCUAAAGAAAUAAGACCUGACCUCUGAAAUAAAGGAAGACAACUUUUCAGAGAAACCAUGGAUAAAUCAGAGGUAUUGUUGGUGGUAAAGUAUAUAAACUUUUGAAAACUAAAUAAACACUUUUUUUUUUUUAAAAAAAGCUUUUCGGAGAAAUGAGCUUUGAAAAGUUUUCAAUGGCAUGAAAUGAAAGAACUGAGGGCUGAGCUUCUUGCUGAGAAGGAAUGUGACUUUAUAGAUCCUGUAAGGAAGAGGAACUCUCAGUCAAUGUGAUUGUGUACUGGAAAUACAAGUAUUUCAUAUACAGAGAGAUACAUGCAGAACCACUGACUCAUGCAUGACUAUCUCCCAGGCUGACAAUCUCCCAGCUACUCUGCCCCUGUAUUCUACUGCAUGUACAGAUCUGGACAUCAACACCAUCUCCCAUAAUUGGUUGGGGUCCAACAACAUCUGGAAGGCUAGAAGUUCCCCAUCCCUGGGGUAGACCUUGUUGCUGAGGCUAGAUGAAUAUGACAGCUCUUUAUCUUGGGUCUCCAGCUUUUUUUUUUUGGACUACAACUCCCAUCAUCCCUAGCUGGCAGGACCUGCGGUCAGGAAUGAUGGGAGUUGUAGUCCAAAAGCAGCUGGAGCCCCGAGUUUGGGAAACCCUGGCCUAACACUUCUAAAGCUGAAAUCCACUUCUGAAGCAUUGUUUCAAAUUGAGAUUGGGAGCACAACCGUGGUUAUAGCAAAACCACGCUGCACCAUGGUUAGCUUCAAGAAUGAAAGGGGAUGUGGUAGAAAGUAGAAAGAGAGGAAGGAAGCAGGACAGAGUGUUUGAGCCCAUGAGAUCUCCUAGCUGUAGGUAAGAGACCCACCCAGCAGAGUUAUUGAUGUCUGCAACAGGCCUUAGCUUGCAUAAAAGAUGUACCUUGCACAAGGCACAUAGUGAAAUGAUUUUAAAUGUUUUCAGAUAUGUCCUGCUGCACAGAGCUCUCUCUUUUGGCUCCCCAAACCCCCUUCUUAACCUUGUGCAAGCCCCACUGUUUUACAUCUGUGCUGUCGCUGUGGCAACAUACGGCGGCACAUAAUUUCCUGUCUCUGUUUGCUGUGCGAGUCCCAUCUGCAAAAUAUUGCUUGUGCUCUGGAUUUCCAAAUCCAAGUGCAGCUGUACGUGGCUUGGCUUUUUCAGCGUGCCAGCACAUGUUUGCGACGUAUUUGCAUUUUAAGGGUGGAGAGAAGGCAUUUGUUUCUUUGCACGUGCACACCCUUGACUGAGCAGAGUGGCUUUGUAGUUUAGGUUCAGGGCAGGGGCUCGGAAGCUGUCUUUGCAGCAGACCUCCAGUAGUGCCUUGGGUGAAAAACCUCAGGGGUCAAAUGUGGCUGCCUAGGCUUCUCUUUCUGGCCCUUGGCAUGGGAGACAAAAGCAGAGCAACUCAGACCUGUCUCUGUGCCCUCUUUGCACCCCCAACUAAUCCAGCAGCCACAAGCUGCCGCGGCGUGAAAAUGGCAAGGGAAAGAAAUCUGAAUUCUGCGAGCUUUUACAAGCUAUGCAAAGCAGAGGAGGAGGAGAAGGAUCUUAUCCAGCCAAGGAACUGCCCAGCUUCCUCUGUGCUUGUCCUUCAGAAGUACAGGCCAUAACUUUCUCUCUACAAGACAUUUGCACAACGGAGCUUAGGUACUUCUGGGAAUUUGGCACCCUGGGCAGUUGCCAGGUUUGCUCCAAUUAGUUGGCCUUGGCUAGCGGCAGAUCCAUUUGGCUGGCCUAAUUGGAAAGGGCUAUGUCGAGGAUACAAAACAGAGCUGCGUGUCUGGUCCCCAGAAUGCAGUCUGUGUGGUUUCAUUCUGGUCUACACAGCAGGCAAGGACCACGGUUAGACCAGUGCCGAUGGCUGAAUUUGCACAGUGAGCUUUCCACCUUGAAUACCCUGGAGUGGAACACAGCCUGUUCCACCAAGAGACGGCUUCCCUCCCUGCAGGUUGACCUUUCCUUCCCUAAACUCUCCUAGCAGAUGGCUUGAGGGCACCUCAUUGGAUGGGGCUACAGUUGCAAAGGGACCCUCCUCUUUUAAUGGCAGGGAAGUCAUUGGCCAGCCUGACAUCCUUGGCUCCUAGAUAUCAAGAUCUCAAGAUGCUUGCAGUGCUGCCUGGAUUGUUGUACUCUUGUCAUUUUAGGAACAUAGCAACCUGCCUUAUAGACCUAGCUGGCAGCUGCUCUCCAGUCACUACCUGGAGAUGGCUGGGAUUGAACCUGAAACCAUCUGUACGCAGUGCAGGUAGAAUCAUAGAAUUGUAGGAUCAUCUAGUGCAACCCCCUGCAAUGCAGGAAUCUAUCACCCAACGUGAGGCUUGAACCCCUGACCCUGAGAUUAAAGAGUCUCAUGCUCUACUGACUGAGCUAUGCUCUAUUACAUGUAUACAGCACCUUUAAAGCCCUAAACGGUCUCGGUCCUGUAUACCUGAAGGAGCGUCUCCACUCCCAUCAUUCUGCCCAGACACUGAGAUCCAGCUCCGAGGGCCUUCUUGCGGUUCCCUCGCUGCGAGAAGUGAGGUUACAGGGAACCAGACAGAGGACCUUCUCGGUAGUGGCACCCGCCCUGUGGAACACCCUCCCUUCAGUUGUGAAGGAAAUAAACAGCUAUCCUAUCUGUAAAAGACAUCUGAAAGCAGACCUGUUUAGGGAAGUUUUUAAUAUUUAAUGCUGUACUGUUUUUAAUGUUUGAUUGGGAGCCGCCCAGAGUGGCUGGGGCAACUCAGCCAGAUGGGCAGGGUAAAAAUAAUAAAUUAUUAUUAUUGUUAUUGUUACAGAUCUUAUGGCCUUUCCCCAUUUUCCUGUGCUGCCCACCUUUGGGCUUAGAACGAACAUAGCUCUUCCCAGCUGAACUGUCUGUGUUAGCUGCUUUGUCGUUGUUAUCUUCGUGGGGCCUCAAAUAGGUUUUAUUUCAAAAGCCCAAGGUCUUGACUUAUGAAAGCUCACCAGGCCAACGUCUGAGAACACUCUGCUCUAAAGUUCAGAGCAAACACAUUUACUAGACGGCGGCUGCUCUCUAGUAUCGCCCGCUUAUCAAAUUUCAGAGUCUCUUCCUUGCUGUGAUGUCAAGGAAGGCGAAACCACUUUGAGAUUCCGUGGGCUGCCUGCAGAUGUGUAGAAUUCGUACUCUGCUUGGGUGAAUAGUCCGAAAGCCUCUCCGCACAUGGAUCGUUCAAGAAAUACGGCAAAAACCAAUUGCAUCUCUCUGAAUCUUUCUCAAGGCGGAUAAAGUGUGUGUGUGUGUGUGUGUGUGUGUGUGUGUCAUUGCAGCAAUCGCAGUAAAGGGUGUUUGUUGCAUUGCCUGGGCAGGGUUAGUCAGUGUGGUGUUCGGUUAACCAGGUAUUGUUCAGUUCCAGUCAGCACAGCCAGUGGUCAGGGAUGAUGGGAUUUGUAGUCCAUAACAUCUGAAGGAUGCCUUGUUGGCUGCCAGUUAAUUUCCAGGCCCAAUCCAAAAGGCUGCUGUUGACCUAUAAAGUCUUAAAUGGCUCAGGACGGCAAUACCCCAAGGACCGCCUCUCCGCAAUUGAACCGAUCCAAACCCUGCAAUCAUCAUCUGAGAGGUCUGGAGGUUGGCAACAUGAGAAAGGGCUUUUUCAUGCAGUGGCCCCCCGUUUGUGGAAUGAUCUCUCCAAAGAGGCUUGCCUGGCACCUUCCUUGCAUAUAUUUAGAUGCUAGGUGAAAACGUUUGUCUGCCCCCACGCAUUCAACUCAUUAGCAUUCUAUGGAUUUUUAAAUACCGUAUUGGCCCGGAUAUAAGCCGCACCUGAAUAUAAGACACUCCCUUAAAAUUCUGCAGGCACUCACACCCGUUUCGUUUUACCGUAGGUCUGUUUCAGCAGCAAUAUCAUAAAAGCCAUUUUUUGUAAGGUCAUGAAUUUAAGCCGCACUUUUAACUUUUCAUUGUUGGAAUUUGGGGGAGGGGGGGAAGUGAGAUUUAUAUUCAGGCCCACAAAUGGUACGUUUGUGGGAGGGAGGUUAUUGGUUUGUUACUGGUUUUGUUUUAUUUAUUUUGUAUUCUCAUUUUGUAUUUUUCUGUUGUGAACUGCCCUGUGAUGCAGGGUGGCAUACAAAUUUUAACAACAACAACAACAACAACAACAACAACAACAACAGUCUUUUAAAUGACGUUUUGCCCUUCUUCUCCACAGACUUUUGUGAAUGAUGUGCGGAUUCCAGACCAGAAGUACAUCACGCUAAGACUGAACGAUGUGAUCCGUUUCGGCUAUGAUAUCCUUUUUGGGCGUGCUCUAUGUGUGUGUGUGUGCGUGCGUGCCUUGAGGGAGUUAUCCUGCCCCCUCGCCAAUGCCUGUGGUGGUUUGUAUUUGGACAGUGAGUUAAUAUAGGUCACUCUGAGGAUAUGAAAUGCAGGAUAUGAAAGCAAAGUUCUUUCCCUGAGACUCUCGUGGAAGAGUUUGCUUUAGAUUUCACCCUCCGUCGCUUGGAGGUUUUUGGACAUUUGGCACAUGAAAAAAUGUUUGCAUCCUGGCCUUGAGCAAAGCCAAACAGUGGAUUUUGUUGGCUUCAGUGGGGAAUUCCCUCUAGAUCCCCCUAAAUUGGCAACAACAGCACUCUUGCUUUCCAUCCCUGCCUCCCAAACAGUUGAAAAAACUUUCACUUGGCAUCAGCUCCAGAGGGAAAGAAUGCAAUUGCUUAACUCUUUUGGAAACAUCUGUGAGAUGUGUUAGGAUAUUUCCGUUCCACCUUAAAAGGGAGCAGGCUUUGUGAGUCAGAGUCUGCGUAUUUCCUGUUCACAGGAUGUUUAUGUUUUCUGUUGCUUUCGUUUUCUCCUCUGGUGGCGCAGACACUAAAGCAGUCGGUCAUGUUUUUCUGUGUUCUGAUCAACGCUGAAUAAACUUGUAAAUAAUGCUCUCCUGGGUGCAACUUUUGCUGUGACUAUCUGCUGAUAGAGUGUGCAUGAGCUCUGGAAUGUGGCAAGAAAUCUUCUAGAAACUCAUGUCGCUAAUUGUUGAUACUGCGUGACUACGGGAGGUCAAUGGAUCGUCCGGCAGACGGCUUAGGGGCCUUGAUGGACUUUAUCUCCCUGGCAGUAUCCCAACAACAGGUUAUGGGCCCAGAUUCACAGCACUUACAGGAGAGUAAGACUGCGACAGACUGCUGAAAGGUAUGUGGAAGAAAAGCGAAAGUGAGGCUUUUCUGUUUGCCGUGGCAAGGGCCUUUGAUCUCCGGCAGAUUAAUGGAUCUGGGAGACGCGCCAAAGGCUUCGUGAUUAAUGAGCUGCUAAGAUAAGGGGUCUUUGAAGUGAAUAAGACUCACGGCUCAAGUAAAAAGCUGGAAUGGAGUUUUUCCAAGCUUCUGAGGCUGCUGAGUGCCCAAAGCUAAAUCGGCACAACUAUCAGACCUGGGCAAAAUGGUGUGAGAGUUUGCUGCGUCAGUUUGGAGUGUGGCAUACUGUGUGUGAAGCCCCUCCAGUUCCUCUGACAGAUAGAUGGAAGGCCGUUGAGGCGAUAGAUAUCGUCUUGUCCGUCUCUCUGGAGGAAAUUAAAACGUUAGCUGGCAAUCUGACUGCACGUAAUAUGUGGCAUGCUUUGAAGAUAGCCCAUCAGCCAGUCAUCCCAGCCCAGAGUUUGACUGCAUCGGAGGUCCUGGCUGUUUCCCAGAAUGCGAGUGAAUGCAGGGAUGCCGAGGGCACCGGUUGCAAGCUGCAGGGGGGCGCUGACUGUCACGUCAUCCCAGGCAGCAUUCCAGCCUCCAGGGGGAGCCAAGGAGUCGGCAGCUGAGAGCUCUGUUUCUCGUGGGAGCCAAGGUCAUUGCCUUUGCAGAGGCCGGAAGGGCAAAGGUAAACAGAGGCAGACGCCUGCAGAUGGCCAGAAGCAGAGGGAGGGUGAAGAGCCCACGCCAGAGAAAAACAAGGCAUUGUUUGCUGGCACAGCUGCACCAAAGGCUAAAGGCAAGUCUGAUGGCCAGGAGCAGGGGGGCAAGCUGCAAAAGCCCACGCCAGUGGAAAACAAGGUUUUGUUUACUGGCACAGCUUCACCAAAGGCUAAAGGCAAGUCUGAUGGCCAGGAGCAGGGGGGCAAGCUGCAAAAGCCCACGCCGGUGGAAAACAAGGUUAUGCUUGCUGCAAAAGCUGCUCCAAAGGCCAAGGCCAGGUUUGUUGUUGAUUCCGGCUGUACCCGCCAUGUCUCAAAGGACCGCCACCUGUUUAUCUCCUUCAAACCUCAAGAAGGUGAGAUCCACCUGGCUGAUGGAAAGACGUUGCGAAUUGCGGGAGAAGGGACUGUGAAACUGGCAAGUCUGCACACGACCAUCAAAGAUGUACUAUAUGUUCCAGGCGCUGCAGACAAUUUGCUUAGUGUCCCACAGCUGACUGGGCGUGGUUUUGAGAUUUCCUUCAAGAGGAGCGUCUGUGUCAUCAGAAAAGGCAAAGAGGACAUUUUGCAUGCAAAGUUUAUGGAUGGCUUGUUCUGUAUAACUUAUGAUGACAUUGGUGCUGUUGUGUCUAAUGCUGAUUCUUGUUGUGUUGCACAAACUAACAAAGUUCUUCAUGCAGGAUGCAUUCACGAUGCACAUCGAAGAUUUUGCCAUCUCUCUUGGAAGGCACUGGCCAAGAUGCCAGAGAUGGUUGAGGGUUUGAACAUCAAACCCUGUAAGUUUCACAUGAAAUGUGUAUCUUGUGCAGAGAACAAGGUGAAGGUUGCUCCAAAAGGCAAGGAGUCUAGCAGGCAGGCUUCCAAACCCUACCAGCUAGUGCACGCAGACCUGGUUGGUCCACUUGCGCCCUCUUUGGGUGGAGCAAGGUACUUCAUGGUUCUAAUUGAUUCUUUUUCCAGGUACAUUCAUGUGUUUAUGCUCGAGCAGAAAUCGCAAGCGUUUCCUAAGUUCAAGGCAUUCUGUGCUUGGUUGGAGAAUGUUCAUGGUAAACGCAUUGGCUGUCUGUUUACUGAUCGAGGCGGGAGUUCACUUCUCAGCAGUUUGAAGCUUUCCUGACUGAGAAGGGAAUCCAGCAUGACUUGUCAACGCCUAGAUCGCCAUGGAUGAAUGGGCUUGCGGAGCGAGCAAAUCAAACGUUGCUGCAAGGAAUGAAAACAUUGUUGCAUGAUGCCAAUCUCCCUGAUAAGUAUUGGGGGGAGGCUCUGGCGAAUUUUGCUUACACUUAUAAUCGCAGAUUGUCAUCACCUAUUGGUUGUACUCCCUAUGAGAAGAUGUUUGGUAAGAAACCCAACAUCAAACACAUGAGAAUCUUUGGUUCUGACAUGUGGGUACACACCCACAGAGCAACAAGCUUGGGAAGCGUGGGGCACAUGGUUUGUUCAUGGGGUACGAAAAGGUGCAUACAGGGUAUGGAUGACCAACUCUAAGUCCAUUAAGUUCACAAAGAGUGUUGAGUACAAUCCUAAGUGGGGGGAAAAUGUGGGAAUUUUCCAGAGUUACCCAGAGGAGGAUGAAGGUGAUGUCAAAGAAGCAGCUAAAGCUGAGGAAGCUGCUGAGGAUGAUGAUGACGAUCAGAGUUCGGAUUCCAGUUCAGUGGGCGGCGCUGCUGCUGGUGUCAGUGACAGUGAUGACACAGCAGACUACAAGAGCGCAAAGGCCUCAGUCAGACCAUCUGAUGCGUCUGACAAUGAACUGGAAGAACCACUGUUCACCAUUGGUCACUUUUCUCCUAAGAAGGAGGAGAUGAGUCCAGAAGACUUGCGUCUAGUACGCAGAUCUGAGAGAGCCACGAAGGGCAGACCUCCAAAGAGAUUUGCUGAUGAGUUUGCUAAGACAGCAACUGCUGUUCUUAGUAGCUCAGAGAAGGUAUGGGAACCUUCAAGCUUCAAAGAGGUUCAGGAGUUAACCUCUAAAGAUGCUGAGCCUUGGCUUAAUGCCAUGAAGGCUGAAGUUGAUUCCUUGAAUAGGAACCAAACUUGGGAACUGGUACCGGUAGUCCCAGGAAUGAGACUGGUUGGCAGCAAAUGGGUCUUCAAGGCCAAGACAGACCAGAAUGGCAAGGUUGUCAGACACAAAGCCAGAUUGGUUGCCAGAGGUUUUUCACAGGUACCAGGACAGGAUUACCACGAGACCUACUCACCCACAGUCAAAUAUGAGAGCAUUCGGCUGAUGCUCAAGAUAGCUGCAGAGGAGAAACUGCAUGUUUCCCAUCAUGACAUUAAUACAGCUUUUUGUACGGGAUUUUGAACGAGGAGCUGUUUAUGCUUCCACCUGAUGGAAUGCAGAUACAGAAGGGAAUGGUCUGUAAACUGCGGAAAUCCUUAUAUGGUCUCAAGCAGAGUGCCAGGUGUUGGAACACAAAGCUCACUGAGACAUUGCUUUCUCUAGGUUUUCACCAGGGCAAAGCUGAUCCAUGUGUGUUUGUCAAGGAGGAGGGGCAAAACAAACUGUAUUGUUUAUGUUUUGUUGAUGAUCUUCUGAUGUUUUGGAAGAAUCAGGCUUUGUACCAAAGCACCCUAGCUCAGCUGAAGGAGCACUUUGACAUGAAGGAUCUUGGUGAGGUAUCCAACUAUCUUUCUCUGCAGGUGGAGAGGGACCAAGCAGGUAAUUUUCUGGUACACCAAACACAGAAAAUUGCUGAUGUAUUAACCAGGUUGAAUUUGGUUGAUGCAAACCCAGCAGACACACCGAUGGUGACAGGUUACCAGGUAGACAGUACUGCUGAAGCGUUUUCUGACACAACGCUGUACAGAUGCAUUCUAGGCAAGUUGAAUUUCAUUGCUAGAUGCUCAAGACCUGACAUAGCUGUAAGCUGUAACCUGCUUAGCAGACAUGCUAACAAUCCUACUGUUCAGGAUUGGAAAGCUCUGAAGCGCAUAGCCCGCUAUUUGAAAGGGACUUUGCACUACAGGCUGAGGUUCACCAGUCAGAAGACUGGAGGUCUUGAAAUCUUUGCAGAUGCAAGUUUUGGAAGUGACACCACGGAUGGUACAAGCACUUCUGGGUAUGCUACAUGUACAACCACUGCCUGUUUGACUGGUUGUGCAAAAGCAGACGACAGUGAGCCUAAGUUCCUGUGAAGCAGAACUCAAUGCUCUGUCAUUUUCACUCAUGGAUUGUGAAUGGUUGAUGCAACUGUUUAAGGACAUCAGAGUUUCUGUGAAAUGUCCUGUACAAGUGUAUCAAGACAAUAGAUCGUGUUUGGCUUUGCUGAACUCGGAGAGUUGCAAGCAAAGGACCAAGUACUUGCAGAUUAAGCUACAUCGUGCAAGAGAGUGUAUUCAGAAAGGACUCAUUCAGGUGUCCUACAUGCCAGGAAAUGAAAUUCCUGCUGAUCUGUUGUCUAAGGUUGUUAACAGAGAACAACUUAAGGUUUAUGUACAAAGGUUGCAAUUGGGUUGAACCACAGGUACUACAGGUUACACGGAAAGGGGAGGAUGUUAGGAUAUUUCCGUUCCACCUUAAAAGGGAGCAGGCUUUGUGAGUCAGAGUCUGCGUAUUUCCUGUUCACAGGAUGUUUAUGUUUUCUGUUGCUUUCGUUUUCUCUCUGGUGUCGCAGACACUAAAGCAGUCGGUCAUGUUUUUCUGUGUUCUGAUCAACGCUGAAUAAACUUGUAAAUAAUGCUCUCCUGGGUGCAACUUUUGGCUGUGACUAUCUGCUGAUAGAGUGUGCAUGAGCUCUGGAAUGUGGCAAGAAAUCUUCUAGAAACUCAUGUCGCUAAUUGUUGAUACUGCGUGACUACGGGAGGUCAAUGGAUCGUCCGGCAGACGGCUUGGGGGCCUUGAUGGACUUUAUCUCCCUGGCAGUAUCCCAACAAGAUGGAGCUGCAGAAGCUUUUGAGGCUGGGCUUUUAACCUCUUCAUCAGAGCAUCGUCUCCCAGUUGUCUGGUAUCUUCAGCCAGUUACCAGUGUUGCGAUCGCUUUCUGUGUGUGCUCUAGGUCCCCCAGGCCAGGAUUUUUAAUAACAAUUGGCAGGUGGAUGGACCAUUUCCUCUGUGAUAGAACACUUGAUUUGCCUGAAGAAGGUUCCAGGUUAAAUCCUGCACACCUGAGGUUAGCAGGUGCCAGGAGAGAUCUCUUGUCUGACAUCCAGGCAGCUGCUGUCAGCUGGAGUAGACCAGCCUUGUAAAUAAGCCCCCAGAGGUUACUAGCCUGCAGCAAUGACUACUAGUGCGCUAGGCCCCGUGUUAGAAAUUAGCCGGGUGUGUUUUGCGAACAUGUGGACCUCUAUGGAUGCCAGGUUGGCAACUGGGGAAAGCAAAACGUUACUUGGAAGAGUAGGAUCUGAAAUAUUUUCCUUGAAGCUUGAAUUGGUUUACUUCUGGAUCGUUUGAUGUUUUAAGGUAUUGUAACCUGCUUUGAGAUUUGUUCUUUAAAAUAUAAAGCGGUAUAGGCAUGAAAGUAAUAAUAACAAUAACAAUUCCCAUUGGGAAAAAAGCGCCUGGACAUUCCAUGGUGGCAACUGCAAUUCAGAUUUAAGGUGCCAUUUGGUGAGUUCAUGACGCCUGAGAUUCUUUUGGUCCAUGCCCUUUUCCUUUUACGAUUUGUUUGCCAUGUUGUGGGUUUGAGGGACGUAUGACCACAGGGGAAAAACCAUCUGGUCUGUAUUGAUAUAAAUAUAUGAAAUAUAAAUAUAUGAAUUUAUAUUAUUAUAAAUUUAAUAAAAUAGUAAAAUAAUAUUAUGCUGGUACUGAGAGUAAAUGGGGUGUGUGUGCUAAACUUUGCUUAUCCUGCGAGAUGUACGAUGAACGGUGGUGUUGGAGAACAGCUCUCUGGUGUGACUUGUGCCUCCAGCCUAUUCCCACCCCCCACCCCUAAUUUAUAUCGACCUCCUUUCAUUAAACAGCCUUGAUGCUAAAAUCAGGUCAAUGGGGAAAAAAAUCCUGAUUAGCAAGGCAUUGAUUUUUAAGCAGGUUCCUGAAUUACCCCAUGGUCCAUACCCACUUCUGGCUUUUUAAUUUUUUCUUAAAUUCGCCUACAUUUCAACACUGUGUUUUCUGUCGAGUGCAAAAACGGGCAUUAUUCCGCUUUAACAUGCUUUGUGGACAAGCAAGCUUCUCUCUCCCAAAUAGUGUGGCGGGGCUGGCAUUUCAGUGCAUCUUUGCAGCAGACACGGGUCUCUCUGCAGGCCUUGGCGUUUGUUCGGAUCCUUGUGGUGUGUUUGUGUCAGAGGGAGAGAGACAGAGAAAGGGCGGCGGUGGUUGCAGGGCUAGGGAGAACCUUUUGCUGAAAUGGAAUCUUUUGCAGAUGAAAUUGCAUGCCUAAUUCCUGCGACCUGGUGCAAUUUACUCUGGUCCCUCCCUACCAUCUGAUGGGCAUUUUCCAAAAGAGCAUUCUGCCUGUCCCCUUCUACUUCAGCUCUUUAUAGCUCGCAUUGCCUGAGUCAGCAGUGUUCUCAUGCAGAAGGCGACGCAUCUGCCGGCCGCGACAAAAACUGGCCGGUUUCCCCAACUGUGCCCUUGUCCUUGGUCUGUUCCCCUCUCUCUAAAAGCAACAUGCACAAUCCUUUCUUGUGGUUCCAAACAUUCCCAAACAACCUCCCACCCUCCUCUGUCGGUGAAGUGCAAGCCAGCUAUUCUGUGCAGCUGUGAUGUGAGCUGUGUCAACGUUGCCCGUUUAAAACGGUUCGUUGUGCUUUUGACAGGGCAAUCUUUUGUGCUGCGUCUAUACUUAUUGCUCCGGAGGCAGAGCCUGGUGUCUGGGUGUGGCAGACGCAUUUUUGCACAAUGCUGCUUUAUUUGUGUGCCUGCCUUGCCUUCUCAUUUCUCUCCAACCCAGGUGUUCCACCGUCUACCUGCACACAAAGCUCCCAGGAUACAGUCCUAUGUUCCAUUUUAACCUGGAGCCUGUCUGGGCAAUGGGCACCAAAUUCAUGGUGGAGCUCUGAACUUUCAUUUUAGCCUGCUCUUGAUUGUGACAAACAGGGAAGCCUUUCCUUUCUUCCUUAAAAAUAAAAAAAUACAGAUUGAGUAACAAAAGUGCUUAUAGCAUCUCUGCUUUCAGUUCAUAGAGCCAUUUCUACAGAUUCAAUGGGACUACAGUGGUACCUCAGUUCUCAAACGCCUUGGUACACAAAUGCCUUGGUUCUCAAACGCCAAAAGCCCAGAAGUAAGUGUUCCGGUUUCUGAACAUUAUUUGGAAGCCGAACGUCCGAUGCGGCUGUCGGCUAUUGUUUCUGGGGUGCCCGCACCAAUCAGAAGCUGCUCCCUUGGUUUUCGAACAUUUUGGAAGUCAAACAGACUUCCAGAACGGAUUAAGUUUGGUGCUUUUGUUUUUGCUAUUUAUUUUUCAUUUUUGAGGCUUUUCCGGUUAAUUUGUUUUUGUGACUGUGUGGAACCCAGUUCAGCUGCUGAUUGAUUGAUUGUGUGACUGCGGAAAUGGAUAAAAAAAGCCCCCCAUCCAAACAAUGACUAUCAUCAGUGCAGGUAAGAAUUUUUUUUAAUUUUUAUUUUUAUCAUCUACAAUACUGUCUUAUUUAUUUUAUAGUACAGUACAUUGAUUAUUGCUUUCAUUUUAUGGAUCAAUGGUCUCAUUAGAUAGUAAAAUCCAUGUUAAAUUGCUGUUUUAAGGGUUGUUUAUAAAAGUCUGGAAUGGAUUAAUCCGUUUUGCAUUACUUUCCAUGGGAAGAUGCGCCUUGCUUUUGGAACACUUUGCUUUUGGAACAGACUUCCGGAAUGGAUUAAGUUUGAGAACCAAGGUACCACUGUAAUGUUACAGACAGUAUGAGGCUGGAGGAGGAGAGAGAGAAAGGGGGCAGAUAGCAAACUCUGGUAUUUUUACAUGGUGUGUGUGUGAGGUUUUGGUGUCAGCGUCACGAGGGUAGGUUCUUUAUCUAUUAUUAGUUUUUGUUGGCGAUGAGAGAGAUUGAGGGGCCCAGGACAUGGCUAGAGAGCCUUUUUGUCACCUGAGCAAACCUGGACCACCCGCAGCUGGGUUUCUCAAACAUCCACCUCUCCCCCUCUUUGCUCUUAAGGGUGCUGCCUUUCACCUGCACGGAGUGGAACAGGCUCAGCCAAGGAUUCCUCUGGCAGCGAAUCUGCCCUACCCAUGUGAUUCUGGAAGCUGGACAGCUCAGCGUCUGUGUGCCACAGUGUCUGGCAACAUGGCGGUCAAGGGGGCGGAAGGGGACGUGCACUUUCUAGCUGCCUCUGCUGAGCAGUGACCAAGCAGGGACGUAUAGCCUGUGCAGCAGUGUUCGAAACUCCCAUUGUUCUAGGCCAGGCACCCCCAAACUCGGCCCUCCAGCAGUUUUGGGACUACAACUCCCAUCAUGUCUAGCUAACAGGACCAGUGGUCAGGGAUGAUGGGAAUUGUAGUCCCAAAACAGCUGGAGGGCUGAGUUUGGGGAUGCCUGUUCUAGGCACAUUUUGCGAUAGGGAGUUUCAUUAGCGUGAGCGUUUUCUGAGCUCUGGGCGCAGUACUGCGCCUAGCAUUUCAAGAUAAAAAUUGUAGAGUGGAAGGAAAGGAGGACCUUUUUCUGCCUCCCCGCUUCCAGCUACUCUCCGAAGACUGGAGAAGAAUACAAGAAUAUUACGGGGGGUGGGUGGGGGAAGGACUAAACAAAUGUAAUAUUUUAGCUGUUGUUCAUUCAUUUUCAGCUUUGUAUUCUUGUUAUUUAAAAGGCACGCCUAGACAUUCCGUUGUUGCACCCAUAACCUGGAUUUAAGGUGCCACAUUUAUGUCUGUGAAGAGGCCUGUGCGACAGCAUUGGUUUUUUUCAACUCUGUGCAGUAGUGAUGACCAUUGACUUGGAUGGCCUAACACUGUGAGCACCGAAUGCUGGACUAGGUGUGCCUUUGGUCUGAUCCAGCAGGGAUUUUCCUAGGUGGUUUUUCUUCUUCUUCUCCUCCUCCUCCUCCUUCUCCUCCUUCUAAAAAUAUUUUAGUGUGAGCAACCCUUCAUAGGAGAACUUAUUUGAAAUGAAUGGAAUGCACUCUGUUUGUUGCAAGGGCAUGCCCUGGAUUGGUGCAGCCAUUCAGGGACUCUCAAGUGUCCUCCUUGUCAAUUGAAGUAUAGCUUAAUUUAAUUGCAGCUGGAUGGAUAGGUGUAAGAGGACUUGGCAGGAAGGGUGGGGGUGGGGGGGAGAGGCAGGCAGGGAGAAAGGAAUGAUGUCAUUGCAUAAACUUUCUCCUCCUGUGAUUCUGAAUCACCUGUUUUUCCUCUCUUGACCACCUGAGGUUUUUGUUUUUAUUUUACUUCCUUGUAGAAAUGAUGUACGUUUUGGCUGCGAGGUGAUCCUAGCUGGUGUACUGUGUAUUUUUUCUUUUGAAGACGCAGUGACUUCCUUUUCUUCAUUGGUUUGUAGAAUUUAUAUACUGUUUUCUCUCUCUCUGUCUCUCUUUCUCUCUCUCUCUCUCUUUAUGCAAAUCAUGAUCGGCAGAUAUAAUAGGGGGGGAUCUAUAUCCGUUCAUGUACAUAUACAACAAUAACAAAUGACACUUUCUAAAAACAAAACUAAGCAGAAACAGAACAAAACUGUAUUAUACCAUAUGUUUCGCUCUAUAAGACACACCAGACCUAGUUUUUGGAGGAGGAAGACAAGAAAAAAAAAAUUCUGAAUCCCAGGAGUCAGAUAGCCUCUUGCUCUCCUGGCUUAUGGGAUAGCUGCGCGCAUCUAAAGCUGGCGUCUGUCUCUGCCUCUCAAACAACCAGGGGGACAAUAUUCUAAAGAUGGGAGCUACAACCCAGAAGUCCUGCUUCCUCAUCGAUAAGUGAUAAUCUGCUGGUCAUGGGAUGACUAACAGGAUCUCCUGAAGUGUUACAUCACUUCAUUGGGCCUGAUCUGGGGCUGAUCAUCCUGCUCUGCAACUUCCACCCCAGCUGUCAGGAACAGCAGGCCUGCAGAUGUUUUGAUAGCUCCCCACUGGCGGGAGUGGGAAAAUUUGGAUUGCACCUCAAUUAUAACAGCAAUGUUCAGUUUUGACAUAUGCACCGCAUCGCAAACCAGUCUUGUCACAGAUGGUGAAUCUGCAUCCCCUUACACACUUUCCCUUUCCAGCCGCUGUACGAUGAAUGUUUAUUUAUGGCUCCUUUGAAAUCAUCUGACAUGACCGUGUUGGGAGAGGAGUUGCCGUUGGCUUCUAAUAAUGUUACAGUAGAUGAGUCUUGCAAAAAAAACCCUCUGCCUCUUUCCUUAACUUGUUCUCUACAUGCCAACAUGUAUGUGCUCGAACACAUCCAACACAAGGUCCCAGAAGAAGCACUAAAGGUGAGCAUUUGCAUUCCUUUUUGUGUUUGUUUGGGGGGCGGGCGGGAUGAGAAUAAGGGGGGCUAUUUAUGACACGGUUCUUGCGCUAGUGAACUAUUCCUACAGCUCAGGGAGAUUGCUUGAGUGGCUCGACACCAUUUUCUUUCUGCUGCUUAGCUUGCAAAAUCCCCCAAAACGGGCGUCGGGGAAAUGGGAUUUCCCACAUUCAUAGGAGGUGUGGGAUCUGAUGCCUCUGAUAGCUCUCCUAGCAGUAGAAAUGAGGGGCUGCGUGGCUCAGUGGUGGGAUGCAUGCUCUGCAUGUUUCCAUGGAUAACAAGAUCAGCUGAAAUUGGGAAGGUCAUUUCUGUGGCUGUAGAGAGUGUCAGGGAAUUCUACUCAAUAUUGAUCCAGAGCAGAUUCCAACGUAUAGUUAGCAGAGUAAAAACUUAAACACGUUGCAGGAUUCCCCAAAAAUAGACCAGAGGCAAUUAAUAUUUCAUCUAGCAGAGCUUUACUGCUACUGAAGGCAAAUGAGCAUAAUGGUCACAAAUCCAAUACAAUCAGGAUUGGCACUGUCCAUAAGAAAUCCAGUUGCAGCAGACUUAACUUAAAUUUACAAUAACUUAUAAUAACACGAAACCUUAACACUAAGCGUACAGUCAUAUCUCGGGUUACAGCCACUUCAGGUUGUGUCUUUUUGGGUUGCAGACUAGCAAAACCCAGACGUAACCCUUUCCGGUACUUCCGAAACCCGGAGGUACUGGAACGGGUUACUUCUGGGUUUCGGCAGUUGCGCAUACGCAGAAGCGCUAAAUCACGCUUUGCGCAUGUGCAGAAGCGCCAAAUUGCAACCGGCAGACGCGGGUUGCGAACGUGCAUCCCGCACGGAUCACGUUUUCAACCUGAGCAUCCACUGUACAGUGGUGCCUCACAAGACGAAAAGAAUUCAUUCCGUGAGUCUUUUGGUCUUGCGAUGUUUUUCGUCUUGCGAAGCACGGUCCGUCGCAACUGCGCCUCUUCAAGCGGCUUUUUAAAAAAAGCGCAAGACGUUUUCGUCUUGCGAAGCAAGCCCAUAGGGAAAUUCGUCUAGCAGAAGCAACGUAAAACCGAAAAACCCUUUCGUCUAGCGAGUUUUUCGUCUUGCGAGGCAUUCGUCUUGCGGGGCACCACUGUACUAUGUACAGAACACCACACCAGAAGGAAGAGAGACAGAAAGAGAAAGUGAAGCCCAGGCUCCUUCUGGCCUGACUUUUAUAGUCAGCAUGACCUUGACUGAAAGAGAUAGCAGAACCAGCUGCACUCAGCUUCUCGGAAGGCAUAACCCAAACACCACGAACCUUCUGCUUGUUUCUUUCACACAGAGAAGUUUCCAGAACCCUCUUGAAUCAAUUAGAAUAGGAAAGAUCUGUACACAUCAGAUCAAUACUUUCUGCGCUAAGAAAUGCAAACGGACUCUCCCCCUGCAUCUGGGUAGAUAGUAUUGGCUUAAGCUUAGGUGUGGGGAACAUUUGGCCUUCCAGAUGUUCAUAUAGGGUUGGGAGGGGCCCCCAAGGGUCAUCCAGUCCGACCCCCUGCAAUGCAGGAAUCUCAGUUAGAUCAUACAGGACUGAUGGUCAUCUAACCUCUGCUUAGAAAGCCCCAGUGGAGGAGAGUGGGUGUGGUGUGCACAAUUCAUUCUGAGCUUCUCAUUCAGCCUUGUUGAUGAGAACAGGUGUUGUGCAAAAAGCACAGAUGCACCUUUGCACCACCACUCCCAUUUAUUUCAGAGCUUUCCCAUGAGAAACACCCAGUGCAGUAUGCUGAAACAAUCUUAGAUCAGAGUUAAUCCCCACCUGGCAGUUCCGUGUUUUGCCAAGACUGGUACUUCGCUGAUUAUUAUAUAUCUCCGCCUGUUCCAUAGGAUAGGCUGCCUUCUUCCCCUUGUCAAAGUUUUGGCCCAGAGUCAUGAGCUCUAGCAAUUUCACUUACUUUUUCUUUUAAAGCCAGCCAGUGACGAGGUUCUUGUGAAAGUCCAUGGCUCAGGCAAAGUUGUCGGGCAGGAUUCGGGCCAUGUUUUGGCUGCCCGAGCCUAAGAAAAUAAUACGCACAUCGUAAUAAAGAAACACAACAGUGCAGAUUGGAGAUCUUGUGUGAAUUCUGUGGCAGGGCAAAAGAGCUUCUACAAAAGAUCGGGGGGGGGGGGGAGUGUAUUUGGAAACAGUGGCUUGCUUCAGCAACGGGUUAUAAGAAAUGUCUCCAGCCUUCUUAGAAAUCCAGGAAGCUGCCAUGGACACACAAACAAAGCCCAUUUCACAGAAAGAAAAACUAGUGAUGAUCGCCUUUCCGAACAACAACAGGCAGAACAUCUACAACCCCCACAAAAAAAUAAAACACGCACACACACAAGUAGGCAGGCUCCCCAAGCAGGCAGACCACCUCAAAAGUCCAACCCCCGUCAGUUUUUUAAAAUAUUAAAAAUAAGGGGUCUGAGGGUGCCAUGGUGUCUAUAUGCACUGCCCCAGGACUGCAAAGAAGCCCCAUUUCUCCUCAAGCUUCUUGCCUUUGUGCACCCCCCCGCAAAAUACCGUAUUUUUCGCUCUAUAGGACGUACUUUUUCCCCUCCAAAAAUGAAGGGGAAAUGUGUGUGCGUCCUAUGGAGCGAAUGCAGGCUUUCACUGAAGCCUGGAGAGCCAGAGGCUUCGGUGCGUACCGACCCCUCUCGCUCUCCAGGCUUCAGGAAGCUAUCCGCAAGUCUUCAGAGCGCGGUGGGAGUUCUUUGCUCUUUGGGGCUGGGGGGGGGGGAAUAAUUCUCUCUCCCCCCUUUAUUCCCCCUGCCCAAAAAAACUAGGUGCGCCCUAUGGUCCAGUGCGCCCUAUAGAGAGAAAAAUACGGUACUACCAUUUAUUUUUCCCCCCAUUCCUGUUUAAUCCUCACACUGUAACAAUGACAAAUUAUUAAUUUCAAUUUCAAUGUUCCUGCAUUGCAGGGGGUUGGACUAGAUGACUUUGAUGUUCUUUUUCAAUUCUAAACUUCUUUGAUUCUGGGUGUGUCCCCCCCAAUGGGCCAGACAGUUCCAUCCAAGCACCGACUAGGCCCAGAGAUGCUUUGCUUUGUCCAAGUGGCAGCUUCAUAUGCAUUCAGACCCAUGCCCUGAGUGUUCACAUCAACCUGUUUGCAGGUGUUCACACCAGCUGUUCCUCUGUGCCCACACAUACUUCCAAGUCACACCUCUCACCAUCCCUGACUUGUUUUUGCCUGGCUGGAAUGUGUCCUUGAACAGUGCUGGAUUUACGUAUAAGCUAAACAAGCUAUAGCUUAGGGCCCCGCUCUCGAGAGCCAGUGUGGUGUAGUGGUUAAGAGCGGUGGACUCGUAAUCUGGUGAACCGGGUUUGCGUCUCCGCUCCUCCACAUGCAGCUGCUGGGUGAACUUGGGCUAGUCACACUUCUCUGAAGUCUCUCAGCCUCACUCACCUCACAGAGUGUUUGUUGUGGGGGAGGAAGGGAAAGGAGAAUGUUAGCCGCUUUGAGACUCCUUUGGGUAGUGAUAAAGCGGGAUAUCAAAUCCAAACUCUUCUUCUUCUCUUGGGCCACCCCUCCCCCCAAAAAAAAUCAAAGGAAAAAAACCCUGAAUGUACAUUUCCAAAAUAUAAGAUAAUAAAAAUAAAAAUAAAACCUACAUACAGCAACAGUGUUUUGUGUUCUGUAGGCUCCUAUGAUGUUAGUAAUGGGCCCCGCCUGCUAGCCUGCUCCCUGAAAUAUCACAUAUAAAGGGCCCCAUUACCUUCAGUAGUUUAGGGCCUCAUCAAAUUAAAUUUUCAUUAAAUCCGGCCCUGUCCUUGAACUCCAACAAUACUUCUUGCUUGCCUGGAUAGUGGCUAGAGAGUGUGCGAAUAAGCUUGCCCGUGAAUAAACUUAACGCUUAUUUUGCUCUACCCAAAAAUUGUCUCGCGGCCCCCGAAGGCUUGCUCAGAAUGGGAGUGUUGCCCUUGGGCUGGGAAAGGGUUUUCCCCCACCCCACCCUUGCGUUAUAGACGUUUGUGUGUCUCUCUUUUGCCCUUCAGCAUGAGAAAUACACCAGCCAGCUGCAGAUGAGCUUCAAAAGUGCAGUCAUGAAAAGGGUAGAGCAGCCUUUGGAGCACGGCGGAGAGACCGAGUUGCCCCAAGCGAAGCUGGAGAAAGGCGAGAAGAAAGCAAUUACAGGUAUGGGAAAACCAGUUGGCCGGGGACCGAAACAAGCCUCUCUCUCUCGCUCUCUCUCUCUGUUGCAAGUCUUGAUUUUGCCGGUGAUUAGGAGUUAGCCGUUCAGCAGGAGUGUGGGGUUGCCAUCGUGGAUCUGGCGCAAUGUAACCUUGCCUCUCCUUAAAAGGUAAAGGGACCCCUGAACGUUAGAUCCAGUUGCAGAUGACUCUGGGGUUGCAGCGCUCAUCUCACUUUACUGGCCGAGGGAGCCAGCGUACAGCGUCUGGGUCAUGUGGCCAGCAUGACUAAGCCGCUUCUGGCGAACCAGAGCAGCGCACGAAAAUACCGUUUACCUUCCCGCCGGAGUGGUACCUAUUUAUCUACUUGCACUUUGAGGUGCUUUCGAACUGCUAGGUUGGCAGGAGCAGGGACCGAGCAACGGGAGCUCACCCCGUUGCGGGGAUUCGAACCGCCAACCUUCUGAUCGGCAAGCCCUAGGCUCUGUGGUUUAGACCACAGCGUCACCCGUGUCCCAGAUUGCCUCUCCUUACCCAUGCCAAAAUGAGAUCUACGUGAGCUUUGAACUCGCUCCCACAGGAGGCAGCGAUGGGCUUGGGUGGCAUUAAAGAGAACUUUGGCAGAUUUGCGAAGGAAAAAGUUAUGAGUGGCUACCAGCCAGAAUGGCUUUGUUCUGCCUCCAUGGACGGAGGUAGCAAAACUUAAACUGUGGGUUUUUAAAAAUUGUUUUCGUUCAUUAUUAUGGUAUGUAUUUUUGCGUUUUUAUAUUGUAAACCUCCUUGUGAUCUGUGGAUGAAGGGCAGUAUAAUAAUAAUAAUAAUAAUAAUAAUAAUAAUAAUAAUAAUGCUAGUGAAUAGCAGUUCCUGGAAGCCAGAGAGGUGAUUUCUCUUGUGAUAAAAUCCUGCUUGCAGCUUUCCUAUAGACAUCCGAUCGGCCACUGUGAGAACAGGAUGCUGGACUAGAUGGGCCCUUGGCAGCCCUCGCUCUUCAUAUUACUAUUCUUAAGAGGGUCUUCUUUGACUACUUUUUAUCUGGAUAUACAGGGACGAUGUUUAAGGCAGCUUUUUAGCUGUUCUGCGUUGUCUCGCCAUUUUGCUUCUUACGUCGACGCUUUUAUCAAACCCACCUAUAUAGGGAGCAUUCUUAAAAGGUGCAGUAUAAAGAAAGAAUAAAAGGAAUAAAUAAUAAAGUUGCAUUCUUUGCUGCUCACACUGAGAGUCGACCCAUUAAUGGACUCAGGUUAGUCGUAUCUGUUCCUUUUCAGUGUGAUUAGCACCGACUACAACCCUAAAUCUCUGAUAAAUGGGGGGCAAUCAGCACUGCAUCAAAUACAAGGCAGGUUCUUCCUUCCCUUCCCCCUGUUUUCCUCACGUUUCCCUAUUUCAGGGUUAAGCAAAAAUCUCACUUUCAAAUAAACGUGGGUUCUCUUGAUUCCAGGCGUUCCCUCCUCUGGGGAUUAGCCCGUAAGCCAAAUAUUUCACCCAGUUUCAUCAUGCGCUGAGGUGGGAAGAAAGGCUUCUCUCUGGCAUCACUCGAGAGGCCGCCAUCUUGAGUGGCAGGUGCCCUCUGGUUUUUGCUGGACUCCAGCUCCUAUUAGUCCUGCUCAGUAUGGCCAGUGGUAAGGGAUGGUAGAAGAAGAAGAAGAAGAAGAGUUUGGAUUUGAUAUCCCGCCUUUCACUCCCCUUCAGGAGUCUCAAAGCGGCUAACAUUCUCCUUUCCCUUCCUCCCCCACAACAAACUCUCUGUGAGGUGAGUGGGGCUGAGAGACUUCAGAGAAGUGUGACUGGCCCAAGAUCACCCAGCAGCUGCAGGUGGAGGAGCGGGGAAGCGAACCCAGUUCCCCAGAUUAGGAGACUACCGCUCUUAACCACUACACCACACUAGCUCUUCCACUGGUGGAAAUUCCAGCCUAGGACCAUGUUUCCUGGCCAUCUGCCUGGCCUUAGGCCUGAUCUAGCAGCCAGACCCUUCUCACGUUCUUAUUGGAGGGCCGCGGUUUGGGGCAAGGCUGGUGUGGAGAACAGAAUAAAUAGAAUAAAUGUCUGGAAAGGGUCUGAGGAUGACUAGGCCAAGGAGUAUAGCUCAGUGUAGUUGCUCUUUAAUUGAAUUACCGUGUUUUCCGGCGUAUAAGAUGACUGGGCGUAUAAGACGACCCCCAACUUUUCCUGUUAAAAUAUAGAGUUUGGGAUAUACUCGCCGUAUAAGACUACUCCCGCCUGCAGCCAACUAGAAGCAGCCCCUCAACCUAAAGCCCGCCAAGCGCUGCCAGGGGCAGAGUGCGCACCCCUCCACUGCCUGUGCUGUCCCAGCAGCAGCAACCUGAGGCGAGGCGAGCAAGCCCCGAUCGGCCGUCCAGCAAAGCGGAAGGCUGCGCUCACCGGCUGGUAGUUCUGGCAGUUGUGGGGAUGCCCAGCUCCUUAGAGCGCCGGCCGAAGCCGUGCACCACCUUGCCGUGGGAAGGGGAGGCUGCUGCGGUUGCUGCUUCUUCGGGAGGUGGUCAGGGAUGGAGGUGGGGGUGGCGCUUCCCAUCCUUCUGCCCGUCGCCGUUCCAAGCCAGCCACUGCCGCCACCUGCCACAACCAUACCCGGCGUAUAAGAUGACCCCCAACUUUGGAGAAGAUUUUCCGGGGUUCAAAAGUCAUCUUAUACACCAGAACAUACAGUAAUUAUAUUUUAAGAAUGUGCACACCUCAGUAAAGCUUAAGUGAUAUUCCAAAAGGUAUGGGACAGGGGUGGUGAAAGCUGAAGAGACCGACCAACCCCUUCCUCUCCCCUCAACCACCUAUUAUUAGCGUUGUCUUGAAGGCCAGUUGUUGCCCUGGCAACCCCUUGUGCGUUAGAAGGAAGGAAGGCAGUCUUGCACAGGAAGUUUUGAUGCUUUAUUCUGCUUUAUAUUUGCUGGAAGAUGCCCCAGAGUGGUUGGGGCAACCCCGUCAGAUGGGCGGGGUGCAAAUAAUGCAAUUGUUAUGAUUAAGACUGACAGGAGUCUCCUUUCAGUUCACCCUUAAAGCCCAUCUCAGUUGCAAAGGGAAGGGAAAGGGAUUCUUUGCUGGACUUAUGGAGGCUGGUCUCAGUGACGGCAGUUUCUCGUGACCUUAAUCUUCCAUGCGGGCGUAUUUGUCCUUGCAAAAAUCCUCUCUAAGCUGGGAUCAGGUAUUAGAGCCAUCCUUUCCCUGUCGGUUCUUUAUUUGAGCUGAGAGAGAGAGUAAGUUUGCAGGCAUGCACCUACCUCUUUUUCAUCCAUGUGUUGUGUUCAAAAGGCACACCUCCCUUUCGGGGCUUGUCUCCAUUUACCUUUCCUCCGUUCGUUCCAGGCACAGUCUGUGAUUUGGAGCUCCAGGUCUGAGAGUCCUUUUUUGCCUUGAGCUUUCCCUGCCAACCCUGCCCCCCAAGCUCUUUUUAAAGCUUGAUUGGAGCAAACCAUCAGUCCCAGGAAAACCCAAAUUGAUGUUUGCUCGGAUUCAGCUUAAAAGAGCUGGUUUCUGUGGGGAAAGUUCGGGGCAAAUAAAAAUAAAAAUAAAAAUGCUUGGACAUUGAGUUUUAAAUCGUGGAAAGAGAGGGGCAAAAUAUAAGGGUGAGUAAGCCCUCUGUGGCUGGUGGCUGUCAGUUUUACCUGUGACGUCUCCAGCAGACAUGACAAGCUCCAUUUUGCAUUGCUCGAAGCGAGCCUGGAGUUUGCGUUCAGCAGGAGCCGCUUCCCGUGAUGAGCUGCGACAGCAGACAAAGGUGAAAGGAAGCGACUGUCUUCUCAGCCUCGAAGGAAACUUCCCAGUGGCAACAGCUGUCAUGCGAGCCAGAUCCUUGCCAUGCCAUUGUAAAGCACAACCGCCCUCCCGUGUCAAUCCCCAGAGUAAUUAAUUCGCAUCCCUUGCCCGUCUUAUCUUGUCGGCUGCUGGAGAUUACACAAGUUCGCCUACAUCUGGGGCAGCCAAUGUGCCAUCAUCCGGAUUCUGGACUGCAGCUGCCAUCGUCCCUGACCAUUGGCCGAGCUAGCUGGGGGUUACGGGAGUCUCAGCCCAGUACCAUCUGGAAGGCUGCCAUGUUGACUAUGCACCUUGCAAACUAACAUUUGCAGUAGUUCUGCUGAAAAUUGGUGGAAAGUUUAGGCAUGCUCAGAGUUCUGUUAGAACCCAACUUUACAGGUCUGCAGGCCAUCCUGUUGCUUUUGAGCCUGUUGGCUGUGCCUGUCUGUUGCCUGCACAUUUGCAAAGCUAAACAGGGUCCGGUAUGGUUUCAGAUUGGAUGGGGGGCUGCGUGUUGAGAUUCCUGCAUUGCAAGGGGUUGGACGAGAUGACACUUCCAGCUCUACAAUUCUAUGGUUCUAUGUACAGCAUUACUAAGAAGAGGAUCUAAGUGUGUACAGUUGCAUUGCUUGGGUGCCCGGGGUGUGACCAGUUGGGUGCUAGGCGUUUGGAGCCAUGGCCCAAUAGACGUGGUCUUUGCCAUGCAUUUGGGGUAUGGGCAGAUGUCUGUCCAUACCACCUGUCUGGGCAAGUAGUAGUAGUAAUACUAAUACUACUAACUACUACUACUACUAAUAAUUUAUUUAUACCCCACCCAUCUGACCAGGCCUCCCCAGCCACUCUGGGCGGCUUCCAACAAAAUAUUAAAAUACAGUAAUGCAUCAAACAUUAAAAGCUUCCCUAAACAAGGCUGCCUUCAGAUGUCUUCUAAAAGUCUGGUAGUUGUUUAUCUCUUUGACAUCUGAUGGGAGGGCAUUCCACAGGGCGGGUGCCACUACCGAGAAGGCCCUCUGCCUGGUUCCCUGUAGCUUUGCUUCUCGCAGCGAGGGAACCGCCAGAAGACCCUUGACGCUGGACCUCAGUGUCCGGGUAGAACGAUGGGGGUGGAGACGCUCCUUCAGAUAUACUGGACCGAGGCCAUAGCUGUAUCAAAAUCCAGAUCUGGAAGUGUAUGUUCUAAAAGUGAUGCGAAGUACCUUUGGGAACCGCAGUUUGUUAAGGGUGCAGAGCAGGGGUAACCAAUGUGGGGCUUCCGGAUGUUGUUAGACUACAACUCCCAUCAUCCACUGCUGGCUGAGGCUGAUGGGAGUUGUAGUCCAACCAUACCUGAUGCUCAUUGCCCCUGCUGCAGAGCACUAUUGCGUCAAUUUAACACUCAUGGCUCCCCCCAAAGCAUCACUGGAGCUCUGCAAAGUGUGCAGAGAGUUGUCAGGAGAUGCCUAUUCACUUCACAGAGCUACAAUCCCCAGAGUUCCUUGAUUGUUAAACCACUCUGGAAAUUGUAGCUCUGUGUGGGGAAUAGAGGUUGGCUGUCAGCUCUCAGCGCCUUUAACAAACUGCAGUUCCCUGGAUUCUUAGGGGAAGCCAUGGCUGUUUAAAGUGGUGUCAUGCUGCUUUUAAGUGUAUUGUGUGGAUGUCGUCCCACCAGAAUAAGGACUUCAACGGGAGCCCUGCAGUGCAGGCGGAACAUGGUAGACUGACCGGGCAAAGGGAAAAGGUGCGGCCCCUGUUAUUUCUGCCAUGCCUCGCCAAUGCAGAGGCUUCAUAAUAUCUGCCAAUUACAAGAACUGACGUUGCACAACCCCAUUCACUUCUGAGGCGGAACAGGGCUCCAGGGCUUGAGCACUCGCUUGUCCCAGGUCACUCACAAAUUUAGAUACCAGACUCAGGCAUAGUCUAUGUUCUGGAAUCCUUUGGUCUAAAAUUGCUUGCUUUCCACAGGCAGGGAAUCUCUUUUUGAGGAAAGGCGAGGGGAAGGAAGGAAGGAAUAAUAAUCAUCAUUUACAGAUUUAGUAGUCUGGAAAAAUACGAAAAAGGUCUUCAGUGCCAGAAAAGCUAGCAGAGUAGUCCCAAGGUGAGCCUCCCCUAGAGAGAGCAUUCCAUAAUUGUGGGGCCACCACUGAGAAGGCACCUGCCUCAUUUCUGAUGCUCAACUGGAGAAGGGCCUCCUGCAAAGGGGUUUCUUCAAUUGCUGUGGUCCUGAACUGUACAGGGCUUUAUGUGGCGGAUGCAUUUGAUCAUGUUCAGGGCUGUGAACCACCCUAAGGUAUUUGGAUGAAGCGCACAAAUUAAAACAAUAAAUAGUUGAUCAGUUUUGCUGGGUUGAUUAUUAAACCGAUUAGUUUUAAUGGGGUUUUGAAUAAAUGUUCAGUUAAUUGCCACUGCUAUGAAUUCCAUUGUGUUAUUGUGAGACUCUUGAUCUCAGGGUUGUGGGUUUGAAUCUCAUGUUGGGCAAAAGAUUCCUGCAUUGCAGGGGGUUGGUCUAAAUGAUCCUCGUGGUCCCUCCCAACUCUGAUUCUAUGCUUCUAUGUUAUCCCUUCUUCAUUAUUCUGAAGGAGUACAACGAUCCCACGAGGGCUGUAUUGCACUCUUCUCAACGCAUUGAUCCGUUAAUGAAAGUCUCGUGCAACAGGUGUAUGGUUUUGCGUUACACCACCAAUCUGGCUCUUGUAGACCCUUUUAGUCGGCCCCCUCCCUAAGUUUGAGGAUUGGAAGUAGGUUUAAAUCAUUAAUGGAAUAAAGAACAUAAUACCUUUAGCAGAAAAGUGGGCUUACUCAGUCAUGGUGGAAAAGAAGCUUUGGAAGGAAAACUGCUGGGUUAAGCCUGUAGGUAUUUAGUAAUUUGCUUCUAGCAAAUUGAAGUGAGCUCCGAGGUGAGCAAAUUUCAUUUGUUUGUUUUCCUUCUGUUGGAAGUUGAGAGCCCAGGAGAACCGAGCUAGGAAUCCAAACAAGUAAAGCCUCUUUCAUUCUCUCUCGUUGCCUGCAAUACGUUUUUGUAAAAUGUUGAAAAAGCAACACAGUGAAAGUUUGUAUGAGAUGAUGAUUAUUAUUUUGCUACCUUUUCUCAAUACAUCGCAGAAGCCAGCUUCAGCAAGCGUCAUUCCAAAGCCCUGAGAACUUUUAUUGAGACCCAGGUCUGUUUCAAUUGCCAAUCGUCAGUUGCCUGUGCUUUGCAAUAUUUUGUUUUCAUUUCAUAAAAACAGAUUGGAAAAGAGAGCUCUGUCCUCUUGCGAUUUAGGAAUUAGCUGAUCCCCCUGAUUAGAUUAGGAAGGAGUAUAGCACAUGAUUUGCCCCUGGGCUCAUCCUGCAGCUCUGAAGUCAUCUUCCUUCUCUCCUGAGCCCCAGGUAGGUUUUACCAUUUGUUUUCCUUUAUGCAUGGAAGCUGGCUGCAAAUUUGCAUCUUUUGGAAGUGAUUGGUGGAAUAGCACAGGACUUUGACAGUCGGUGUUGUGGAUACUUUGCAGGUAUGAAGUGAUUUAGUUCUCUUGGUCAGCCCUGAAAUACUGUUUUAAACUGCGGUGUGGCCCUAAGUACAUCUACUGUGAAAUAGCCUCACUCUGUUCCAUGGGGCACACUCGCUUAGGUGCUAAAUUUGCUUAGCAUUAACAAUUAUCUCCCCCCUACUUUUUUUGAGAAAUGAAUGUGGUUUUCAAAGAGAUGUGCUCUUAUUGUGUUCUAUCUAUCUAUCUAUCUAUCUAUCUAUCUAUCUAUCAUCUAUCUAUCCAGCUAUCAUCUAGCUAUCUAUCAUCUAGCUAUCAUCCAUCUAUCUAUCUAUCAUCCAUCUAUCUAUCUAUCUAUCAUCCAUCUAUCUAUCUAUCUCCUGUUCUUCCUUCUGCUAAGAAGGCUUUGGUAUUGUUUAAAAAACCCUGCAAUACCUGUUUCGCCUGGGCGCAAAGGAUGUGUGGCUGGUACAUUGUGGCCAGUAGGACAGCUCUCUGAUUUAAUCCCUGAAGUUCAAGAUGCAGUUCCUCUCCUACCAGCGAGAGUGAUGUGUGUCUGAAAAUAUGUAAAUGAGCAUAUCUCAUCUGUGUGUGUGACCGGGCUCUUGGAGGGGGUGACUGGAUGCCCCCUGAGCUGUAAAAGAUUAACUGCCCCUCUAAUUCUUGAGGGACAGGUGGAGAGGGGGAAGGCUUGAGCACCUACUUUCCCCCCUCACCAUUUUCUGAACCCUGCAGCAGCUGCCAUGAUGGAAACUGCCAGCCAACCGGACUUCCCCACCACAGCUUCUGCUCACUCCAGGAGAAGUCUAGAAAGCCAUUGAAAUAGGCCAGAAAGUGAUCCCUUCUCCAUGCAGAGCUUCCUCACUCUAGGCAUAGCAAUAGGAAAGUGGGGGCAGUGGUUGGCCGGAAAUACAUACCUGCCGAAAAGCCCUGCUCUUUAAGCUGGAUAGCUCAGUUGGUUAAAGUGUGGUGCUGGUCAUGCCAAGGUUGCAGGUUUGAUCCCCGUAAGGGACAGCUGCAUAUUCCUGCAUUGCAAGGGGGUUGGAAUAGAUCAGGCAUAGGCAAACUCAGCCCUCCAGAUGUUUUGGGACUACAGCUCCCAUCAUCCCUAGCUAACAGGACCAGUGGUCAGGGAUGAUGAGAGUUGUAGUCCCAAAACAUCUGGAGGGCCAAGUUUGCCUAUGCCUGGACUAGACGAACACAAGGGCCUCUUCCAACUCUACGAUUCUAUGAUACUACUUCUUCUUUGUUGAUCACUCGUAGCCAAAUAAGAUUGUCUUCCAUGAACAUGGUUUCCACAGUAAGUCCAUAAGUGACUGUGGAGGCCAAUUCUGGAUCCACACGUCCUUCCACAGUGAGGACAUAGGUUUCUGGGUGGUGUUGAUCAUGGUGAGGGUUUGCCAAGUGUGCCUUCCUCUUAGCAUGUUUCUCCCUUGCGUCCUGAGUUCGAGUAUCUUCAAAGUCCAUGACACCUUUGGUAAAGGCUGUUCUCCAACUGGAGCACUCACAGGCCAGUGUUUCCCAGUUGUCGGUGUUUAUACUACAUUUUUUAAGAUUUGCCUUGAGAGAGUCUUUAAACCUCUUUUGUUGACCACCGGCAUUAUGCUUUCCAUUUUGAAGUUCGGAAUAGAGUAGUUGCUUUGGAAGACGAGAAUCAGGCAUCUGCACAACAUGACCAGCCCAGCAAAGUUGAUGUUGAAGAAUCAUUGCUUCGACACUGGUGACCUUUGCCUCUUCCAAUACACUGACAUUAGUUUGCCUGUCUUCCCAAGUGAUGUGCAAAAUUUUUCGGAGACACCAUUGAUGGAAUCUUUCGAGGAGUUGGAGAUGGCGUUUAUAAGUGGUCCAUGUUUCACAAGCACUUGCAGUACACAUGGAAACUAAAUGAGUGUCUCAUCAGAAGAACAUGCCCUGGCCAGGACACCAUGGGUAGUGCUCUUUUGGUCCAGUUGGCCUUCGCUGGAGUCCAACAUGACAGCAUCCACUUGAUGUUGUGACCCCAUGAUCCACCUUUAGCUCCCGACCCCCUUGUUGAAGACCUGUGAUUUAAACCAUCAAAGACUGAAUCAGAUUCCCCACCCUGCUUUUCUGCUAUUCCCCCCCCCCCACUGCCAGUCCAUUUGUUAUCUGUGUCUGCUGAAGAUGGAAGCUGUUAAUAAUGAAUGGAGAAAAGGCUAGACUGCAGUGGUAUGGAUUUUCAUUUUGAGAGAGAUGCCUUUGUUCCAAACCGCCUGUAACAAUCCUCCACUUUUUCUUUGUCUCUCUGAAGGAUGCUUUCCCUUUCUUUGGGUGUGUGUGUGUGUGUGUGUGGAGAUGGGUCACUUAAAAACUUCCAUUGGUAGCCCAGGCACUUGUAUGUGUGUGUGUUUGUGUGCUACUUUUGUGGGGGGGGAAACGUGCAGAAAUAUUUUGGUUCCAAAGAAAAUAGAGUGAGCCGCUGCCAUGAUCAAAGCUGCAGGAACCAUCAAUUAAAAGCCGUCUCUUGGGACAACUGCCCUUAUUCCAAUGCCUGGCUCUCCUUCCUCUGAUCUGCCCAGACGGUAUUUUUAGAUCAGCACUCAAGUUCAUUGUCUGGAGAGAGCUGGUGCAGUGCCCUCUUUGCAAUCGCUCAUUUUAUUUUUAUUGACUUUUUAGUGGGACAGAGAGGGGGUUGGGUGCUGCUCUGCUUCUCCUAACGCACUGCUGGGUUGAUCUAACGUGGCUCCUGGCCUCCCGUCCCAGUUAUGGCUAAUGGCUCCCCCUCCCCACCUCUCUCUUUCUUUACCACUUUCUGCCACAUCUGCUGGGGAAUUACAAACUCCGCAGAACUUGCAUGCCAUAGAUGUAAAGCACAUCUAACACGUCGUGCCCUUUCAAGUGUGUGAUGUGCCCUCUGGUUGCCGUCACCCACUCAGGUCCCAAUAACCGCAGUUUGCUGCCUUUGUGCAUUAACCCUGCGUCACCCUCCUGCAAUCAGCUCGUACCAUGGAUUUGUUAGCAAUAUUUUCCCCAGUACUCCCAUUGGCCCUCAAAUUCCUUCUCCCAUGAGCUUGAACAAAAGAGUUCAAUCCAAAGAACCGAACAGGGCAUCCCGGAAAUUCAGGAGUACCAGGAUUGGGAAGGACUCUGCCCCCCACCCUCUUGUGACUUGAGGGAGGUGGGUUCAAGAGAUGCUGCCAGUCAGUGCUGGCAGUGCCAGGAAGAAACCGUCCGUGGCUCAGGUGGGGCAGCAGUUUUCAUUCGUGGGAGAAAGCUGCUUUAACUUCAGUGGUUAUUGUUAUUAUUUAUUAAAUGUAUAUACCGCCCUUCAUUCGAAGAUCACAGGGUGGUUUACAGAAUAAAUUUAAAAAGUGAAAACACAGAAUGCAUAUAUAAGGUACCCUCCAACAUCCAGGUGAUCCAAAUUGGGGCACUCGGGGGGGGGGUGGUCCCAAGCUCUCACAGGAGCAAGCUGACUUGCGCCAUAGCGCUGGACCAAAAAAUUGGGACAUUCUAUGAUCCACUCAGAAGCCAGGAUGGUUUCUGAAUUUCUGGGAUGCCCUGUUUAAAUUGGGAUGGCUCAGUGGUAUGUUGUUGUUGUUGUUGUUGUUGUUGUUAAUUCCCUGCCCAUCUGGCUAGGUGUCCCCAGCCACUUGGGGCUGCUUCCCGCGCAUAUAAAAGCAUAAUAAAACGUCAAACAUUAAAAACUUCCCAAUACAAUAACUUCCCCAUACAAAACUUCCUGAUCUAAUAAGAACAACAAUACAAAACCAAUUGUUUGCUCUGCCAAAGGCCUGGUUGUAGAGCAACCUUGUUGCCUGGCUCCUAAAGAUAUGCAGUGAAGGUGCCAGGCAAGCCUCCCCGGGGAGAGCUUUCCAGAAACAAGGAGCCACCGCAGAAAAGGCCCGUUCUCAUAUUGCUACCCUCCAGACCUCUCGUGGAAGAAACAUGCAAAGAAGGGCCGUGGAGGAGGAUCACAGGGUCCAGGUUGGUUCUUAUGGGGAGAGGAAGUCCUUGCGGGUCUUGAGCUGUGAGUGAUGGCAAAUGGGACCUGAGGCCAAAUUUUGCAGCAUGGAGUGCUCCUAUUCAGGGUGCGAGCUAGUCAUGCCUUCCCCCCCAGUAUAUUCCAUCUCUCCCUCUGCCACCAGUUUUCCACUGAACACACACACAGUCUUGUGGAUUCUCCCCUCUCGAGCCUUGAUUCUACCACCCAACUUUUCUUGUUGUAUUUCUGCAAAUGUUGAGAUUCUCCACAUCAUCCUCUUGUCAAUUCUUUGGCUACCUAAUAAUUGGCUCCUGGAGAAUUAAGUUCGUUAUUAGUAUAUACAUGAUGGAUGACACCUUGUUCUGGAACUCCCAUAAUGCUUUGCUGGGUUAAAUACAGUCUACUGGAACUCGAUAAUUCUGAUUGGCGGUGCUCUGUUGGUCUUUCUUUUCUUCUUUUUUCCUUGCCCAUUUUUAUCUUGUUAAUUCCACUCUCGCUCCCUCCCCGCCCCCAAAUGUCGGUGUGGUGUUUGUAGUAUCGCUGCUGCCACCCAACAGUUCAAUAUUUAUCUAGACUAGUGACCUCGAUCCUGUCAUUUAAAGGGAUGCUAUUCCCCACUUUGCCCUCCCUGGGCUGUCUGGCUGGAUUGAUGAGCCAAGAAAAGUGCCUGAAUGAAUGGGAGCCAUCUGGACAGGCUGGCAUAAAAAGUUGUGGCAGAGGGUUGGGGCGGCGGAUGGGUGCUUAACGAGCCAGGCUCGGAGACACUGGCUCUAAUACAAUUAGGACGACAGAGCUGUUUAGUUACUUUUCACUGAAGCUUCAGGCACUGCCGGUUGACUCUUUACGUAGGCUUCUUCUGUGCUGUGGGUUAGGGGGUUUAGGCUGUAACCUUUGGCUCCAGGGCAUGGUUGCUGCCUCAGCAGGUCCAGGUGAGAUCAGUGCUUGGGAUAGGAAACUUCCCGGAAACCCUAUUGCAGUGGUGCAGUUCGGUGGUUUUAGAAUCUGGACUUGAUGGUCUUAUCACAGCAGUGGAGAACCUCUAGCCCAUGGGCCCAUUCAUUCAUUCAAUUUGUACCCCACCCUUCAUUUGAGGAUCACUGGGUGGUUUACAAUAUAAAAGCACAAACUGUUGUUGUUAUUAAAAUUUCUAUAACACGGUUCCCCCGAGGAUCACAAUAUAAAACAGCUCUAGCUAACAUGGUCAGUGGUCAGGGAUGAUGGGAGUUGGGAGUCCACAAGUGAGAGCCAGUGUGGUGUAGUGGUUAAGAGCAGUGGACUUGUAAUCUGGUGAACCGGGUCGAUUCCCCGCUCCUCCACAUGCAGCUGCUGGGUGACCUUUGGCUAGUCACACUUCUCUGAAGUCUCUCAGCCCCACUCACCUCACAGAGUGUUUGUUGUGAGGGAGGAAGGGAAAGGAGGUUGUUAGCCACUUUGAGACUCCUUAGGGUAGUGAUAAAGCGGGAUAUCAAAUCCAAACUCCUCCUCCUCCUCCUCACAAACAUCUGGAGCAGGGGUCAGCAACCCUUUUCCGCCGUGGGCCGGUCCACUGUCCCUCAGACCAUGUGGGGGGCCGGACUAUAUUUUGAAAAAGGAUAUGAACGAAUUCCUAUGCCCCACAAAUAACCCAGAGAUGCAUUUUAAAUAAAAGGAUACAUUCUACUCGUGUAGAAACACGCUGAUUCCCGGACUCUCCGCGGGCAGGAUUGAGAAGGCGAUUGGGCCGCAUCUGGCCUACCCCUGAUCUGGAGGCACCAUAUUGCCUGUCCCCAGUGUAGAGUAAUUUCUAACCUGACCCUUCGGGCCCCUGCCCCCUGGUCUCCAUAAGAAGUGCCCUGUUGGAUUGGACCAAAAGAUUUAUCUAGUCCAGCAUGGCGUUCUCAUGGUGGCCAACCACCUGCUUCUGGGAAGCCCACCAGGAGAAUAUGAGCAUAAUGGCCCUCUCCAUAUCUGUGAAAUGGGUAUAAUAAUGACCUACCUCAAAGCAGUGGUUUAAGACCAGGAUGGGGGAAACCUGGAACCCAGCAGAUGAUGUCGGACUGCAAGUCUCAUCGUCCUUGAUCACAUCUGGAGUGCCAGAGCUUCCCCAUCCCUGAUUUAUGGCAAAACAGUAGAGUACAGCAGUCUUCUGUGAGAUAAAAGUGCUACAAAAAGCGUUGCUUUUAUUAAUAAUGAUGGAAGAAGGAUGGGCAAGUCGGUACACAUCAUGGAAAGAGAUUUCAGGGGAGGCAUCCAGAAAGAGAGCAGUAAUUAUGCGUUUCAAGUUCUUGCUUGCUUUAUCCUCGACUCUUGGGGUGUGAAUUAUAAUUUUAAAAGGGUACAAAGCAUGUCCAGGGCUGGAUUUAGGUUUGAUGAGGCCCUAAGCUACUGAAGGUAAUGGGGCCCUUUAUAUGCCCAGCUGUCUUUUGUCAGCAACAAAUUGUCGUUGUUUUUAGUGUUGAAUAUAUGCUGUAUGGCAAUUUAUGGACCUAAUAGGUAUCUAAAGACAUUUGCACAUAACAAAAUAAGUAUUUUAUCAAAGUAAUUGUUGAACUGAAAUACAAUUAAGAAGUGUAUUAAUAGUGAAAUACAAUUAAGAAGUAUAUUAAUAGUGAAAUAAUUAUUAAGCUCUAACUGUAUGUAGGUUUUAUUUUAUUUGUUUUUUAUCUUAUAUUUUGGAAAUGUACAUGCAGUUUUUCCCCCCUUUAAUUUUUUUGGGGGGGCCCCCAAGUGAGUGGGGCUAUAGCUUGUUUAGCUUAUAUGUAAAUCCAGCACUGAGCAUGUCAGGCUGAAGCAGAACCCCUGUGCUGAAGAUUUCAGCACCCUUUUAAAGCACUUAUGCUGGUUCCCACAAACCAACCUCGGUCUUCUGAAGAUAAAGUUCAGGGAUUGGUGGGUUACUAGGGAAGCCAGUCACCCAGAGCGAAUGUCUUUGUGCAGCCUGAAUUUGCUACACGAAGGAAGCAGUUGCAAGGGUACCUUUUUGCUUGUCGGGAUGCGGAGGUGAUUCUGCACGGCUCUCCCAAUAUGACAAUAAGUGCUUGUGUGUAUUUUUAGUGGGGUGUGUUAUGAUGACUGGAAGCCCAAGGAACCUGUAUUUCCUGUUCCCCUUGCUUAUUCCUGCAUGGGAAAUGGCUCUCAGGUAGCUGAAGCUGUUUAUUUAAGUGCCCAUGUGCCCAUUUGCAUGCAUGGUACUGAGUUUAAGCCACUAUCUCCCUGGCUGGUGUGAACUGGCAGGGUUUUGGAUGUGAUGCUAGAUCUACCACGCCAUUUCUCUCCUGACCCCACUUAGGAUUGCUCUGUCUGUGCUGUAAGAAGUCUGUGGAUGGGUAAAAGAAUACUUGUAAGCCUCCUGCGGGUUUAAAACUACAGUGGUACCUCGGGUUAUAGACGCUUCAGGUUACAGACUCCACUAACCCAGAAAUAGUACCUUGGGUUGAGAACUUUACCUCAGGCUGAGAACGGAAAUCGUGUGCCGGCAGCGUGGUGGCAGCAGGAGGCCCCAUUAGCUAAAGUGGUACCUCAGGUUAAGAUCAGUUUCAGGUUAAGAACGGACCUCCGGAACGAAUUAAGUUCUUAACCCAAGGUACCACUGUAUAUAUCUGUCUCGUUUAAAUCUCUUAUUGGUAAUACAUUGUUAGCAUCAGGACUUGUCAACAGCCCGGUUUUGGAAAGACUUGGAAGGGGCGUCCUUAUUGAACUGGCUUAACAAAGUUUGGCAAUUGGCCCUGACAGAGAAAGUGACCAAACAAAAUGCCGCUAGCUGAAGUACAGAGACGCAGAGACUCAUUUAAAACUCACCGCUACUGUUUUAAUGAAUAAUAAUAAUAAUAAAGAACUUCUGCAGGCAAUCGAGACUUUUUUGGUUGGUCUAGGUUAAAUAAUAGUCCACGUUUUAGAUUUCUGACUGUGUGCUAUGCUGUGUUUUCAGUAUAUGCCUUGCAAUGAUUUUUUUUUAAAAAAAAAUAAAAAUCAAGUUACAUACGUGUCUUCAAGUGAACCAUAAUUUAGCUUGCCAGGUAUUCCAAAUAACCAAGAUUUGGAACCAAGGUUUGCAUUUGGUAAAGGUAAAGGUAAAGGGACCCCUGACCAUUAGGUCCAGUCGUGGGCGACUCUGGGGUUGCGGUGCUCAUCUCGCUUUAUUGGCCGAGGGAGCCGGCGUACAGCUUCCGGGUCAUAUGGCCAGCAUGACUAAGCCACUUCUGGCAAACCAGAGCAGCGCAUGGAAACGCCGUUUACCUUCCCACCGGAGCGGUACCUAUUUAUCUACUUGCACUUUGACAUGCUUUCUAACUGCUAGGUUGGCAAGAGCAGGGACCGAGCAACGGGAGCUCACCCCAUCGCAGGGAUUCAAACCACCGACCUUCUGAUUGGCAAGUCCUAGGCCCUGUGGUUUAACCCACAGCGCCACCCGCGUCCCUUUUGCAUUUGGUAGCACCAUUUAAAAGCCAGUCUGAUUACUUCAGAAGCCUAAGCGGUGAGCAGUUGGUUUAUGGAACACUUUUCAUUAAAUAUUGUUCCCCUUAGUUUUCUAAAAGGUGUCUUUUGGAGUAGGUGUCCCUUUGCCACCGUCUUGAACUUGAUAGCAAUAGCUGCCAGCAAACUAACGCUGCCUUGUGUGUAUGUGUGUUGUCUACCUCCAGAGACGACAACUACUUACCGCACACCCCUUUACGGCCAGCCAUCAUGGUGGGGGGAAGAUGAUGAAAACAAUAAGUUGGAGUCAGCAGAUGACAGAAGGCAAGAAGAGCCGUAUCCAGGUAAAUAUACCUGCUGCUUCUCUUUUCAACACUUAAGGGUGAAUAGUGUGAAUAGGAACUUUAUAUAACUGUGACUUUAUUUAAUUGCAUUAAUUCAUUUUCAAUAAUUUGCUGGUGUUGUGUGCUUUAGCUGUAUUCUACUGUGUUUGGUUUAUUUUAUUUAUUUCAAACAAUUUAUAUACCAUUUGAUUGUGGGGAGGGGGACACUUCAAGGCAGUUUACGAAAAAGAUAAAGAAAUAAAAUGAUCACUAAAAGAUUUGCAACCAUAUUUUAAAACCUACAGAAAGUUAAAACUGCAAUAGAAUAGACUAAAACGGAUUCAAACUCGUAGAAACUUUCAAAACUUCUACGUAGACUUUGAUUUUGAUAUUGUGAUGUUUGCUGUUGGGUUUUUUUAUGCUUCUGUUGUGAUUGUUGUGAGCUGCUUUCUGCUCUGCGUUUGUUGUUGGAAAAGUGGAAGGCAAGUAUUAAAUAAAAUUAAAAUGAAAAGCUUUGAUUUCAAAUUAAAAGAAUAAAUAAUACUUCCCCCUUUACCCCGCAGAGAGAACAAAAGACAUAGGUCAGCACGGAGAGGAAAUCAAUGGGAACAUCACCGGCUACAGCGAUCCUCAAGGCGACUCUGUCUAUGCCUUCCGAAGGGAGCCUAGUUACUUUGAAAUCCCGACGAAAGAAUUCCAGCAGCCGGUGAAAACUCCAGAGGCCCAAGUCCACGAAAUCCCCACCAAAGACGUUGACGCGGUGGCGCUGCCCGUCGUACAGAGCCACGCCUCUUUCACCAUAGAGUUUGACGACUGCACCCCGGGUAAAAUAAAGAUAAAAGAUCACGUCACCAAAUUUUCGCUCAGGCAGAGAAGGAACCUCGGCAAAGAAGGGGGCCACGCAGAAAUGAUCUCGGCAGAGAGCAAAGUGGCUGACUGGCUGGUGCAGAAUGACCCGAGUCUCAUGAGGAGGCCGUCCCCAGGAGAGGACGUGUACAGUACGAAAAGCGACCUCCCAGUUCACGUCAGGACUCUGAAAGGUAAAUGCCAGUUUUGCUAGAGUUGCUAUCUGUGGUCCAGGGCGUUCGUUGGCUAUAGAUGCCUUCCUUAUUCUUCUUUGAAGGGAUGGGGCGCAUUUGAAAUUACAGACAUUUGGGAUGUGAACUUGCACAGUUUGGAAAUCCCCGCUACGUUGUGAACUUGAGUUUCGUUCUCUGCAUUAGGCCCUUGUUCAUCAUGGGGUUUGUCCUGCUACCGGCCAUCUUUCUGUUCCAUUUCUCCCAUCCUUCCAAGGAUACUUACUCUUCCCAAAGCGAGGGAGGAGUUUCUUGGAGCUGGGUGGUCUUGUUUUUGGGUGCACAAGAAAUCUUGCAGGUCUGCUUAUGCUUGUGAGCAUGCUCGGGAGCAUCAUCCCGACAGGGUUCAUGGGAUUUGUAGUGUCCUGUGCAUAGCUGUCAACCUUAUUUGGCGGGAAACUCCCUUAUCCCAGCGCCGUGUCCUGCUGCUGUCCCUUAUUGAUGAUGUCCCUUAAAUUUCCCGGGUUUCAAAGGAAGCUGCUCCUCUCCCUCCCUCCCUGCCGGCCAGGAAGGAGGGAGGCUCCAACUGUGUUGCUUGGCUGCAUUCCUCACCCAAUAAGGAGUCUAAGAACGACUGGGGGAUGGAGCUUGCAUGCCUUGUGCUGAUCAAAUCGGAUGCAUUGCCUGGGAACUCCCCUUUGCUCAGUGCUUCCCAGCGGAGAGGUGAUGGUGGUUUUCCUUGCUGCAUCCCCUUUGCUGGGUUGCUGCGCUGUGGGAACCACCGCUUGAGGCUUCGUUUGGCUGCUGGCUGGGCUUCUGCCUUUGGCUCAGAAGUUGAACAUACCUGUGCUUGGAAAAUCCCUUGUUUUGGCUGCUGAUCCCUUAUUUUCGAGGUUGCUAGUCCCUUAUUUUCAAAUCUGUAAGUUGACAGCUAUGGUCCUGUGACUCCUCACAAACAUGAACUGGGAGGCACAGAAAGCCAUGAACCCCAGCAGCAGAUGUUGUCUACCUUUAAACAGAAGUCUGCAAGACCAUUUGUGGUCUCAACGAGUCCUCUCUGCCAGGAGUUUGCCUGUCCUUUGGAAGCAUAGGUCUGCUUGGAAGUGGGGAGACUGGCAAGGAAGGGGAAGGGUUGCUUUCCUUGUAUCCCUCCACCCCGAAAAGAUUAGAAGCCCUUCUGGGGGACAGUUCACUGAGUAAGCUCAGAAAAAAGCAAGUUGUUUCCCAAGGGAAAUAAACUGUGUGCAUGGUUAAACCAUGGAAUUCACAUUCUCAAGAUGUAGGCAUGGCCACCGACUUGGAUGGCUUAAAAAGAGGAGGGGACAAAUUCAUGGAAGAUAAAGCUGUCAUUGGAUAAUAGCUGCAAUGACUAUGUUCUGCGUCUCCUGUUGCAGGCAGGAUUCCUGCAAAUCCCAGUUGCUGGGAAUCGCAAAUGGAGAGAAAGUGCUUUGGCCACCCAGGUCCUGCUUGCAGGAUUAGAUGGGCUCCUCUGUUGUUGUUUGGGGCAGUGGCACAGCAGUAAGUACUCUCUGUCCCAGGACAACUCUAAUUGCAUAUCCACUUCGCAGGGAACAGGCAUGAAGAUGGAACUCAGAGUGACUCUGAAGACCCAGUAGCCCCCAAAGAGGAUGAGACUCCUAGUAAAGAACAUCUGGCUGAGCAAGCCCGGCUCCAGCGCCAGAUCCGCCGCGACCCCCAGGAGAUGCUCCACAACCAGCAGGCCUUCGUCAUCGAGUUCUUCGACGACGACACGCCUCGGAAGAAGAGGUCGCAGUCCUUCACGCACAGCGGCCAGUCCAACCAGAACGACGUGGACCCCGCCUUGAAGACCAAGAUUGAGAAGCGCAAGAUUACCGUCCCCGCGGAGAAACCGGGGAGCUCUGUCCUCUCAUCCCAUCUGCCUGCGGCGGGAACCAAGGGGCCAAGCAACUCUUUCACAGCCCCCAGAGCCGGAUCCUUUAAGCGGGAGAAGACGGAGGAGCGGAUCAGCUCGUCAUCGUCGUCGAGGACCUCUGGAAAGAACCAUGGCAGCGUGGGGAGAAAGUCGAAGAUUGCUCAGGAUUUUGCUGCCGAGUGUUUAAGGGAGAGCUCUCAAGCUGGGAAGGCUAGCGUUGAGAAGCCAGCCCCGACCCCGGUGCCGCUCACCCCGCGGGUUGUAGCGCCGCCACUGCCGCCACCAGCGCCCGAAAUAGUCCCUGAGCCAGUGGCUGCCGAUCCUAAGUUGGUCAAAGCGAGGAAGCAAGAGGAAGACGACAGCUUGAGUGAAACAGGCACGUAUACCAUUGAGACAGAGUCGCAAGAUAAAGAAGUUGAAGAGGCUCGGAAAAUGAUCGAUCAGGUGAGCCUGCUGUUCUUCGGAAAAUUGAAGUUUGCGUAGUUUGGCCCCCUUGAUAGUUGCAGCAAUUGGUGCAAACAGAGCAAGGCCCAGGGCAAAUGUAAUAAUAAUAAUAAUUUUUAUUUAUACCCCAUCCUCCCCAGCCAAGGCCGGGCUCAGGGCGGCUAACAAGCAAUAAUAAAAAUAAGUUGAAUGAAUACAACUUAAAAACAAAAUUAAAAUACAACAUUAAAAUAUUGAAACAUUAAAAUAUUAAAAUGUAGCCUCAUCGCAGGAGGAGAAAGGAAAAGAAAAAAGAAAGAGGGGGAGGGAAUCAAAUUGACUCCAAGCCAAAGGCCAGGCAGAACAACUCUGUCUUACAAGCCCUGCGGAAAGAAAUCAGAUCCUGCAGGGCCCUGGUCUCAUGAGGCAGAGCGUUCCACCAGGCCGGAGCCAGAGUUGAAAAGGCCAUGGCUCUGGUUGAAGCUAAUCUAACUUCCUUAGGGCCCGGGACCUCUAGGGUGUUGCUAUUUAUGGACCUUAAGGUCCUCCGUGGGGCAUACCGGGAGAGGUGGUCCCGUAGGUACGAGGGUCCUAGGCCGUGAAGGGCUUUAAAGAUCAAAACCAGCACCUUGAACCUGACCCUGUACUCCACCGGGAGCCAGUGCAGCUGGAAAAGCACUGGGUGAAUAUGCUCCCAUGGCAGGAACCCUGUGAGGAGCCUCGCUGCAGCAUUCUGCACCCACUGGAGUUUCUGGGACAGCUUCAAGGGCAGCCCCGCGUAGAGCGAAUUACAGUAGUGAAGCCUGGAGGUGACCGUUGCAUGGAUCAUGCAUCACAAAUGUAAUGCUUGUUGACCUCGUGGAUAGGAAAUUCACUGUUUUGUUCUAAGCUGCCUUCUCUCCAUCUCUUGGGUUUAUCAGGUGUUUGGCGUUUUGGAGUCUCCGGUGUUUUCCAGAAUUUCCCCUGCCUUCAGGCCCGUCAUAAAAGGUGAGAAGGAGGAGCUGGCUCACUUGAUGGGCGAAAAUGGCUCAAGCCCCAAGGUUACCAUGAUGCAGGUCAUCGCUUCCAAAGUUGCCAGUGAACAUCACACGGAGAUGCAGGUACAGUGAAUGUGUGAAGGGCCCAGCUCUCACUUUGACUUUCCUUGCGCUUGAGGGCAACUCGCAUGCCUAUUUCUGGCCCUCGUGGCCUGCGAAGGUUUCGUUUUGUUAUUUACUGAACAAAAUUGUAGACCUCAUUGACUGGUCCUCAAACGAAAGACCCGUAAGCGAUUUAGAAAAAACUUGUUUAAAAUACCUAUAGAAGCAAACUUUUAAAAACAAGUUACAUGAAAAAAGACUAGCGGUUUUAUUAGAGGUGAAAGUAAGUGAGCGAGACUUUGCUAGUAACAAUCACUAUUUGUUCCCAAGUAUUGCGCGGUGAAUAAUGCGGAAGCCCUGCCUGCAGGCUUGCAACCUAAUGGAACUGUAAAUCUUGCUAAAUCGCCCAAGGCAGUUUGGCGACGGUGCAGGCUUUGCAGAAGAGAUCAGGGAACAAGACUUCAGUGCCCUUCAUAGCUUGUUACUCUUCUCCAUGCUUUGCAGGAAUAGAAUAAAUUAUGUGAAAUAAGCAGAUAUAUUUGCAUCAUUUAUACGGGUAGCAGAGUUUAGCGCUUUCCUGAGCCUAGGUGGAACAGAGGGCACACACAAGCCCUGCCUGCAUGUUGAAACCUUAAUAAUUUAAAAUUACCAAACAACAGUUAAUUAGCUUGCUUUCGGCACCUGCUAAAAACUUCUUUGUUCAGCAAGCCUGCCCAGGCAUGCAAUUUGAUUAUAUAUCUGUAUCUAUGUUCUAAAGCUAUUGAUUUUCCUUAUAUUUUGAUAUAAUUUUAUGUCAAUUUGAUUUUAUCAGCCUUUUCAACCAAUAUUUUAUAUUGCUGUGUAUCCGGGUUUCCCAAACUUUGUUCCCCAGCUGUUUUUAGACCACAACUCCCAUCUUCCCUAGCUAGCGGGACCACAAUGGUCAGGGAUGGUGGGAAUUGUAGUCCCCCAAAAAACCAAAACAGAUGCAGAUCUAAGUUUGGGAAACCCUGCUCUACAUAAACCACUAAGAGCCUUCUGUCGAGUUAAUCAGUGUAUAUAUUUUUUCCCAAUAAAUGAAAUAAAUAAAUGAAUAUAAUCCUGUUGGAUCCAAAUUUGGCUUACAUCUGAGUAGGCACGUAGGGUUGAAUUCAACAUUGCAUAUUAGCAUCAUUCCAUCGGCUCAAGAAUUUCUGCGUGGCAAAUCUCCCCUCCCCUCCCUCUGUGCGCUGUUCUGCACAUUCUCCCACCCACCCCAAGACAGUUCGGAGGGGGAGAUCGGAGAGGGGGAAAGCCCCAUUGUGAUAGCAGAACUUCUGCCAGUUCAUGCUAGCGCAAAUAAUUACUUGAGUCUUGUCCCAUAAUGUAUGCUUGUUUUCUGUAGACAUCCUCAGGCAAUGAUGGGUUGUAUCCAAUUGUACACUGCCCUGGGAUCUUUUUUAAUGAAGGGUGAUUUUGAGUUUUUCAAAAUAAACCAAACAGACAAAUAGCGCCCCUCUGGUUACAGAAGGCUCGUGGAUCCAGGUAUCAGUUCUUUUCAAGGAUUAUAUAUUGGCAUAGCAUAGCAUUUCCUGCUGGGAAUUGAGCCAUAGCAAAUGUUGCCAAAAACAAAAUGGCCAAAUACUGUGCAUUAUGAUGAGAGUCUGUAUGAAAGGUGUGGAAUUUCCCCUCCUCUCUCUAUUUUCAGUUACCAUUGGCAUCUCAAGGUGGUCAGAAAUGGGUAUCGAGAUGGGCAAGCCUUGCAGAUAGCUAUACAGACUCAGGAUCUGCUCCUGGAGUUGGGGACGCUCACCUGCAGGGCCCCCUCUCUCAGGCUGGCAUAGGUAAGUACAGCACCUGGCGUCAUUUUCACAUUGCCAAAGGACUUUACCUAAAAAGGGACAGGUGACAAGCGCCCCUGGUUCGCGUUUCCUCUUUCGGCUGCUUGAUGCUUAGGCCCAAUGUUCUAUUCUGAGAGGUCUGUGGGGGGCAACACGAGAACGGGCCUUUUCUGCAGUGGCCCCCUGUUUGUGGAAUGCUCUCCCCAGGGAGGUUCAGCUGUUGCCUUCAUUAUACACCUUUAGACGCCAGGUGAAAACAUUCUUCUUCAACCAGACCUUUGGUUGAUUGACAUCCAAUGCCCUUUUAAAUGGGUUGUGGGCGAGGGGAUUAUUGGUUUGUUUUUGUUCUUACUUUUAUUGUGUACAGUAGUACCUUGGUUUUUGAACAGAAUUCGUUCCGGGAGUCCGUUUGAAAACCAAAGUGCAGCUUCCAAUUGGCGGCAGGAGCGUCCUGCAGCCAAUCAGAAGCUGCACCGGAUGUUCGGCUUCUGAAAAUUGUUUGAAAACCAGAACACUCACUUCUGGGUUUCUGUCGUUCGGGAGCCAAGGCGUUCGGCUUCCAAGGUAUGACUGCAUUUUGUGUUCUUUAUAUUGUAAUUUUAUGUUGUAAACUGCCCUGAGAUCUUUUGAUGAAAGGUGGUAUAUCAUCAUCAUCAUCAUCAUCAUUACUAAACUUCCUUUUUUGUUGUCUUCAGUAAAUGUAUUUUCUUUUUUUUUUGUAUAUUUUUUCUGGGUUUUUUUUUUAACAUAUCCUUUCCAACAAUCAUAUAACAUAAUUUCUUAUCUUAUACAAUGUUUUAGACUUCUGUCAACGCCUCUGAUGAUUUUUUGUUCUUUAUCACUUAUUCUGCAUUUCUUAAUUUCUCUAUUACUCUUAAUUAUUAUUAACGAAUAUUUCUCCUCAUAGUCAUUCUUGCAAUAUUCCAGAUAAUCCUCCUUACAAAACUUCUUGCAGUCCUACUAGCGUAAUCUGUUCAUUACAAUUACUUUUCAAAUAGUUCGUAUAUUUACUCCAGUCUUCUAAGAAUCUCUGAUCCCGCAGGUUUCGAACCCUUCCUGUUAAUUUAUCUAGUUCUGCAUAGUCCCAGUAAAUGUAUUUUCAUUCCCCUUAGAAAAGGACUGCGGUCCCAGAGUGGCAGAGUCUGAGAGCUCCCUGGCGUUACGGACGAGGCGUCUUCUUCCUCAGCUCCCACCAGGUGAUAAGCCGGAAAGCCCUACGCCAACCAUUUUGAUUUGUCCAGAGGCAUAUUCCGACGUUUCACCAAGGAACGCUGCUAACAGCCACGUAGCAGAAAUGUUUGUGGAUCCUGCCAGCCGACUGGCGGUCCGGGAAGAUUUGGAUCCUGAUAGCCUUAGUGACGCCAGCAAAUCUGACGACGGAUUUGGCUUGGAAAAACGAAGGAAGAGCCACAACAGCACCAAAACAUUGGAGCAGAACCAGGGAAAGGCGGAAAACGUGAAAGCCAAAAACCACCAGCACACAGUGCCGAAACUUUCGGGUCUGAGAGCUUCCAGCGACCCGCUGUCGACAUCUUUCUAUAUUGGCGACGAUGAAGAGGAAGUCGGGGUUCCUUCGAAACUUCCUUCCAGCAUUUCUCCUACUCAGGCGGAAAAAGAAGAGGCUCUUUUCAAGUGUGGGAAGCCGGCGGCCAAAGGUGUCAGCAAUACCUACGUCAGCUCCAACGGGAAAAUGGUGAUUUCGUUGCACCAGGGGCUUCCGCUUCCAGAGCAAGAAGUCGCGGCUGCGAAAGAAGCGUCGUCCUUUGUCCGGCAGGAAAGCUUUACCAAAGAGAAAUCGAGCAGCAACGUUCCUCAAAACCGGCUGCCGCAUAUCUCAAGCCACCCUCUGCUCAAAGAUCUCGAUGUCACCCGAGCAAAUCGCAUGGACUAUAACCCAGACACCCACCUCCUCCUUAAAGAUACCGAAACUGCUCUGGCCGCCCUGGAAGCCAAAAUACUCUGCCAAACCAACCAGCUUGACACUCUGGAGAAUUCCCCGGGGCAGUUGGAAGACUCCUUGUCCGGAGAAUCUGACGUGGACACGGCUAGCACCGUCAGCUUGGUGAGCGGCAAAAACUUACCCAGCCACUCGCCGAAGGGCAAACCCGUGACAACCUCGCAAAAAGAGAAGACUUCUCCCACGCCUUCUGCCCAAGAUCAGAGUCUUCAACCCAGCGCAAGGGAGAGGCUUUCAGAGAAGCGGAAAACUCUUCCGCUUGAGGCAGGGAGCAAAGGCGAAAACGCGAGGCGCUUCCAAGUUAAGCGUAGCCCAGUGACCGGGGGCUCCCUGGACUAUACAGAUGAUGAACGAAGUAGCAGCCUCCCAUAUCUGCCGGCGAAUGAAAUCGCCUCAUCUGACCAUGAGCAAUCCACCUCGAGGCCUAUCUCCAGGAAGAAGCCCUUCUCGCAGUCCACCAAAGAGGAGCACAGCAAAGUGACGCCCACGGUGCAAAAGAUCCAGCAGGUUCUCACCAGGUCCAAUAGUUUGUCUACCCCAAGGCCCACCAGAGCCUCCAAACUUCGCCGGGCCCGGCUGGGGGACACCUCGGACAACGAGAGCGCUGAUACCGAGAAAGCGACGCCUCACCACGAAGGAACGGCGGCGCCUUCCAAGCAGCCGGCGGAGGCCAAGAAGCUGUCGAGGCUCGACAUCCUGGCCAUGCCCAGGAAACGGGCGGGGUCUUUCACCGUGCCGAGCGACUCGGAGAGCGCGCCAGCCAGGCCGACGUUCUCCGGGCGCAGCGCAGAGUCGUAUUAUUCUACCCGGAAGCCCCCCGUGUCGGAAGCCAGGAACGCUGCUAGGAAAACGGCGGCAGCAGUUGCUGCUUCGAAGCAGCCUUUCAGCAGGACACGCUCCAGCAGUGUCAAAUACUCCUCUUCUUCUAGUGAGUAACUGUGUGUGUGUGUGUGGAGUGCUUGAUUCUGCCAUUGCUUGGAGGUAGAGCAUCUCUUUUGCGUGCAGAUGGUCCCCAGGUUUGAUUCCCAGCAUCUCCAGGUAGGGCUGGGGGAAAGUCACCUGUCUGAAACGGCGGAGGGCUGCUGCCAGUCAGUGUAGACCCUACUGAACUACAUGCACCCAAGAGUCUGACUGUGCAGGGGUUCCCAAACUUGGGUUUCCAGAUGAUUCUGGACCACAACUCCCAGGGAUUGUGGGAACUGGUAGUCCAAAAACAGCUGGAGACCCAAGUUUGGGAAACCCUGGACUAUGCUACAAGGCAACUUCCUAUGUUUCCACAUGUGUUUUCCAUUAAAAAAAUUCCAAGCCAGAAUAAAACAAUUUGGAAAUAAAUCUGCAGCCCUUUGCAACAGAUACAGAGCCCUGUACUUUUUAAAUAUUAAGCGCUGGGAUUUUAUAACCCAAAGAGAGUUGCCUUCUCCCUUGGUUUGUAUCUGUGGCGAAAUUUGGCUGCCAUUGCAAUGCAGAAGCUCUGAUAGCCCAACAUCUGGUAAUUCUCUAGCAUAACCCAGCUUGAUAGCUUCCUGAAUCAUCUGGUGGUAUAGACAGAAAACGCUGAACUGGGGUGGACUCUUGGCUUGUUGCAAUAAGGUAAUUAUUAUAUACUCUCAGUGCCCUUGCUUUGAAUUGUUCUGUGACCUCUGAAUACUCACUAGCUGCUUGUUCUUACGUCAGGCUUGCCUCGUCGCUUGCGGUGAGUACAGAUCUUCUCCUGGCAACCAGACAGGGGAACUUGUGGAAUUGCAGGAAGGUUAGAGUUUGAAACUUUUCAGCCAGUAAUGUGCUAAUCAGUCACAAACAUUUCUUAGGCUAGUAAAAUACUUGUGGACCAGCAAUUUUUGCAGAACUUUCUUUUCGCAAGGCUAUCUUCAGUAGGUUAUUUUUUUCGCUCUACAUAAAGUCAGAUCUUCAGAGGAAAAUGUUUUGUAUGUCUAUUUUGGGUGGGUGGGACACAAUACAUGUAAUCAUUAGGAUUAUAACUUUUCGACUCCCCCCCCCCCCAAUUUCCUGUAUCAUAAAGGGAUGAACUUUUGCUUAGAAACACUGAAAAAGGGACUAAUUUGUCUCAGUGGUAAAAAAAAGGGGGGUCACCCCAAAAUGAAAAGUUGGGCUCACCAUAUAUGUAACCGUUACUACUCAUAUUAGUAUUAGCACUUUUAAAAAGUGUAUGGAACUGUGUAGAACUUUUACAGCUGCCUGGAACUUCCUGAAACUAUGUUGGAGAAUCACUGGAAGCAGGAGCCAUCCAUGCUCCAGAUACCAAGAAAUAAUCAGUGUGUAGAAUGUGCAGUCAAAGUGAUGCGGGAACUUUAUGGUGCUUGCAAUGGAAACAAAGGCAAACUGCAACCUUGAUUGAUUCUAAGCAAUAGUGUACAUUGUACAAAACAUUGUACAAGUAUUAGAAAGUUUGCAAGCCCUAUUUUUCCUGUGUACAUGCUAUGUAUAUAACAUAAUACAUUGUACAGUUACAUAUACAAAAAAUGAUUUAUUGAUUUCGGGGUCACCUUCCUUUUCAAAAGAUUUGGAAAUGACAGUUCAUUCCUUUGUUUUUAGGGGAAAGUUCAUCUAACUAAUCUACAGGAACACGAGGUUGUAAAAAAGGUUUAUAACCCUAGUAAUCAUAUGUCUUGUCAGACGUUUGCAAGCUGCAGGAGUCGCCCUGCAUUAAUUCCUCACCCAUCUGCAUUGAACAUGGGGGAAAUAGUCCAUCUGAUGUAGAGCACAGCUGGGGAAUGUCUGGCCCUCCAGGUGUUCUCGGGACACAGCUUCAAACAACCCUGGCCAUUGGCCGUGCUGACUGAGGCUGAUAGGAAUGGGACUCCCAACAGCAUCCUGCAAACUGACCUCCCCCUCCUCCCAGGAGUUAAUUCCUAUUACUUUUCAUUCAGCACAAGCACAAACUGAGAUUGCAGGAAGUUCCUUUGACCUGAUGCACUCCUAGCGGCUGAGCCCUGGGAGAUGCAGUUCCCUUUAAUUUAUGAGUAGCUGCCGCUUGUUGCUGGAUAAUGCUUAAGCCGUUCACCACUCCAAUGAUUUAAACUUUGCAGAUGACACUGUGAUUUAAUGGUGCUGUGUGCGUAAUAACAAAGCGGGGAUUGCGGUGUGCGUUGUUGGUACUGCAGAGCUGAAGUGGUUUAAUUGCCAUGACUUCCCUCGAGGAACCCUGCGACUCGCUGCCUGGCGACACCGCCGAGUCGCUUUGCCGAGAGACGACGGCCCAUCCUAACCGUGCCUAAUCUUGUUCCAAAUGAAUUGGUUUUGUCUUCCAUUUCCUUUGCCCCAACGGCUAACCGGGUUUUAGUGCCAAAUUAACCUUGGGAGUUACUACGCAUCAGUAUACGACUAACACGACUAACCUACUAAUUCCACAGGGGUUAUGCACCUUGUGCAGGCGUUAUGCUUGGUUCUCGUGUCAUAUGGUGCCAGGUGUGGGACACAUAAGGGCAGGCCCUGGCGGAAAGGCAGUGCCUGCAAAACCCUUUGGGCAGCACAUCCCAAGUACCAACAAUUGGCUUGUUUUGGGGCAGUGCAGAAGCGCUUUGCAAGCCCUGUGCUUGUCACUUGGGGAGCACUGAGCAUGGGGCUUGCAAAGUGAUCCAUGCUGCACUUGCAAAGCCACUUUUGGCCAAGCCUUGUCCUUACCUUUCCCAUGCCUGAUGUCAUAUAAAAUAUCAGAGGUGGAGCAUGUUGGUUGUGGUUCGGCUGAAACAGCCUUUGGGGCCAAAUAGGGAGGGCUGGUGGGCCCAAUUUGGCUCAUGGGCUGGAGGUUCCCCACUGUUUACACUCACACUCAGAGUCUGGGAGAGGAGAUUGUGGCCGCUUUGCUCCUCACUGCUUGUCCCAUUGUUGAGCUGAGCUAUUCCACACUUUGCCUUAGCAUGCCUUCCAAAGCCAGGCUUGUGGAUUAGCUCUCUCCAGGCUCUCUCAGGGGUGGAACAUCUGCUUUGUACACAGGAGAUCCUUGGUUCAAUCCCAGCGUCGCCAGGAGAGAACCCUGUCUCAGUUCUUCGAGACUCAGUCAGUGUAGACGAUAAUGAGCUAGAUUGACUCAAAUAGUCUGAUUCAGUUUAAGGCAGUUUCAUAUGUUCCUGUGGGCUCUGCGCAGCGGCAGAAGGACCAGGGGUGAGCAGAGCGGUCGCAGUCUCCUCUACCAGAGCCUGUGCAAGAGCACUAAGCCAAGGUUUGGUGUGGUGUGUUGUGCAAACCAGACCACAGUGUUCCAGCUUCCCAGUUAUGUGUCUUUUUUCUCGUGAGCAAAUGGAUAAGAGAAAAAAGUCAACGUGGAAAAAUGUAAACACUGCACUGUUGCUGCAAAAGCAGCUGAUAAUCACUUAUCAGAAUUGGUGCACUCUGAUAAAGCACAAUAACUUAGAAGCUGAAAAAAGGAUCUUUCCGUAGCCCGGGAAAAGAAUUUCCAGGGAAACAAAAUGAGUGGUUUCUCUCCCCUUGACCAGGAACAUCUGUUUUGGGUGUAAAAGGGUGUUGCCUGUAAACUGCAGCCAAAUGCGGCAUGUAAAUGCUGCAGGGCAAACCCAGGGAUCUCAUGGAAAUAAUUAUGACCAUGAACAUGAUGUGAGCAAUCUCCAAAUGGGGCUGCCCUUCUGGUUGAAGUUUCCUCUUUCACUUGGCUGAGCUUGUUUACACAGUCAGUAAUCCCGAGGCAAUUAAUACUCACGGAGUUGUUAAAUGGUGUGCAUGAAGCAAGUCAAAAGUAAGGGAAGAUCCCUCUGGAACCACCAGGCCUCUGAAUUUGCCACUGUUCUGUCUCAAGGCAAAUAACCACAUAUAGUAACUUAGCAUGACUGUUUCGUUGGGUGUCAAGAGAUGCGGCAGAAGUUCAGGGGGAAGGCCCCUAGCUCAGUGGUAGAGCACCUGCUUGGCAUGCAGAAUGUCCCAGGUUCUAUCCGCAGCAAGAAGGCUAGGAAAGACCCCUGUCUCCUGAAGCCCUGGGAGAGCAGUUUCCAGUCCGAGUUGACAAUAAUAGAUGGGCCAGUGAUCUGGCUUGCUGGAAGGCAGCUUAUGAUAUUUGGAAAGAACCUUCUCCAACGUGGUGCCUUCCACAUAUUUUGGGCUACCCCAGCCAGCAUUGUGCAAAUUUCAAUCAGGAGAUAUUUUAUGGAACAGACUCAUAGAAUGGAAGAGUUGGAAGUGAACCCUAGGGACAUCGAGUCCAACCCCUGCAAUGCAGGAAUCUCUGCUAAAGCAUCCAUGACACAUGGCCAUCCAACCACCCUUGGGAGGUUGUGGACUCUCCUUCCUUGGAGGUUUCUAAGCAGAGGUUGGAUGCCUGUUAUGGAUGCUUUAGUUGAGAUUCCUUCAUUGUAGGAGGUUGGACCAGAGGAUCCUUGUGGUCAUUUCCAACUCUACCAUUCUAUGAUUUUAUGAUGCCUUUGGGGCUGAUGGGAGUUGUUGUCCAAAACAUCUGAAGGGUACCAGGUUCAGGAAGGCUUUUUUGGAAUGUAAGUAAUAAUAAUAAUUUAUUAUUUAUACCCUGCCCAUCUGGCUGGGAUUCCCCAGCCACUCUGGGUGGCUUCCAACAAAGUAUUAAAAUAAUAGCAGUCAGUUAAACAUUAAAAGCUUCCCUAAAGAGGGCUGCCUUCAGAUGUCUUCUAAAAGUCUGGUGGUAGUUCUUCUCUUUGACAUCUGGUGGGAGGGCGUUCCACAGGGUAGCGGGUGCCACUACUGAGAAGGCCCUCUGCCUGGUUCCCUGUAACUUGGCUUCUCGCAGUGAGGGAACCGCCAGAAGGCCCUCGGAGCUGGACCUCAGGGUCCGGGCUGAACGAUGGGGGUGGAGACGCUCCUUCAGUAAGCAGGCCAUGAGUGGUAUGAUGGCGCUCCAGCUUUAGGGACCCUGGCCUAAAUCAGGGUGGGGAACCUGCCGAGAAGGGAAAUAGCCCAGUGGUGUAGAACAUCUGCUUUGCAUGCAGAAGGUCCUAGGUUCAAUUUCUGGCCUCUUCAGUUAGAGCUAGAAGAAACUCCCUGCCAGAAACCCUGCCAGUCAGUGAAGACGACCGUGAGAUAGAUGGACCAAAUGUACUCACUCGUACUCAUCUUCAUCCGUUUAUUGGGAGGAAAGUGUAUUGGAUGUAUCUGAUGCAAGCACCUCAACCCCUCUACUCCCCACCUUUCAUACCAUUUGUGCCCAUCACUAAAUUUGAGAACCACUGGAUUAAGGAUGACAACACUGGAUCUCUGUAAACAGACCAGGGGUUUCCUGAGUGUGUAAACAAGCCAGCUGUUUCUGCUCUCCAUCUUGGAAGUCCUUAACCGGUGUGGAAAUGAAGUCACCUGAACUGGUGGCUUGCUGAGGGGGGACACCUGGGAGUCUAGCCUGCCUGACGGUUCCUCCUGGGGCCUCCUGUGCAUGUGGCCAUUCAGGACCACACCCCACGCUGGAAAAUCCCUCCAGUGGAAGGCGCUUCUGUACAGGGAUUCACGCAAGGUGCCUUCCACACAGGAAAUUUGUAACAUGAGCGUAUACAUUUUGCCACCAUAGAAUUGCAGCAGCCUUCUCUGUUGCGACUGGUUAAUUUGUGGAAGCGGAGGGUGGGUACAAAUGGCCAUUUCGCCGAAAAAAUUAUCACACGUCUGCACCUGAUCUGUGGUAAAAAAAUUCUCCUUACUAUUUGACUGGCUGGUGGAAAUAGCCCUCCACUGUUGCUGCGACCACAGGGUAAGCUCUCUCUGCCCGAUUGUGGUGUGGCUGCCUUUAUCUUCCUUGCCUUAUUCCUCUGCCAUGUGCCAGAGAAACAAAACUUUAAUGUCUGAAUAAGAGGGUGAUGGGGCUUCACUCUGGACACCGCCCCCAGUGUCAUCUGCCUCUCAACUUCACCCCUCCAAACGUCUGCCAGUCAGGCAGAAAUCUGAAGGUGGAGCCAGCUGUCCUCACAUAGGUUCCUUGACGUGAUCCAAAUGGGCAUGUGGUACCAUAUUCUCACUCGUCUUCCCGCUAAUGCUUUUAAGGCAGAAGUGGGGGGCAGGAUCUGGCCAAUGGGACCAAGUCUGACAGGUUUGUGGGGGAAGCCUGAGACGCCCAGGUUAGGCCCUCAGGUUGUCCCUAUGCUACAAAUGAGCUCCUGUCAAGGGAGCCACAUAUUUUAUUAUUUAUCUGUUUAAGCAAUUUAUAUGCCGCUUAACUGCAGAAGUCCCCUAAUCGGUUUACAAAGGGGCAAUGCGAAAGAAAUGAAAACCCGUUAAAUCUAUAAAAUUCCAACGUCAGUUAGAAUGCCAGUCAAUUACAGAUCAGGUGCGGAAGUGCGAUAACGUUAUAUGGUGGUUGUUGUUUUUUUAAAAAAGGUGGCAUCUGUAUUCGCCCACAGUAACAAUGCAAACAAUUCCAUCUUUUUAUUCCUCCAAAGUUCUCUCCAUUUGGUGGGAUGCACAGGAGUUUCCUAGUUCACCUUCCUGCUCCUCCUGCUCCUUGGGCUGUUUUUGCAUUCACGGUUUUUUGUUUGUUUCUUAACCUUUUGAAGCCCGUCUCAAAAGUCUUUUUCUUUGCCUUCUCUCCUUCCUAUUCUUCUUCCCCACCACCACCGCCCGAAACCAAUUCAUUUCUUAUAAGCUUCAAGGCGGCGGCCGCAGGGCUCAGAUUACACUUCCACUUCCGAGGAGGAGUAUGGCUCAAACCACAGCUCCCCUAAACACAAACGCUCCCAUACUUCAACAGCCACCCAGACGCCCAGGACCCGGGGCUCCGGGCUCAAUAAGCAGAAGCACAGCAACAGCAGGGAGACGGAAGACGAAGACUACGACGAUCACGACCCCUACAACUUCAUCGCGCAGACGGCGGAGAUUGCCGAAAUUGCCAGGUGAGGGACGGGUUGCGGCAGCGUGUUGAGCCGUUGGAACCUAAACCAUUGGUGGCAUGCUGUGGGUCAGGUGAGAAGAGAAGGUAGGAAUGAAUGGGGGGGGGAAAUAUUGUGUAGUGUUAUGCAAGGUAGAAAGAGCUGGGCUCAGGGGUCGGCAAACAUUUUCAGCAGGGGGCCGGUCCACUGUCCCUCAGACCUUGGUGGGGGGACAGACUAUAUUUUGAAAAAAAUAAAAUAAAAAAUGAACGAAUUCCUAUGCACACUACACAUAUUUUAUUUUGUUAUUACGGUCACAGACCAGUUCCGGCUCCAGACAGCCUGCCCAAGAUGGACACACUGGGAAACCUCCAGUCUCUGUUCACAACUAAGGGCAGCGGGGCAGGACAGUUCUCUUGCAUUGCCAAUGGCUCUCAAUGGCCCUGUAUCGCUUCUUAGUGGCCCUAGCAUGGCCAGGUCAUUUUGCAUAUUCUAGCCCAGGAAUUCCUCUGUAGUUUGUAUUUCGCCCUUCACAUCCCAAAUCAUCAAAAUCCUACCGUUUAUUAAUUUCUUGGCUUUAGCCCUGCCCCCCAAAUCUAUAACAAUACAUUUAAAGCCCACCCCACUUCUAACAGUCGUGGCUCCCCCCCCCCCAAGAAUUAUGGGAGCUGUAGUUUGUUAAGGGUGCUGAGAGUUGUUAGGGGACCCCUGUUCCUCUCACAGAGCCACAAUUCCCAGUGUUGCCUGGAGAGGAAGUUGUGGACUCUCCUUCCUUGGGGGCUUUUAAGCAGAGGCUGGAUGGCCAUCUGUCAUGGAUGCUUUAGCUGAGAUUGCAGGGGGUUGGACUAGAUGACCCUUGGGGUCCCUUCCAAGUCUACAAUUCUAGGAUUCUGUGAUUGAUAACCACUCUGGGAAUUGUAGGUCUGGGAGGACAAUAGGUUUUGGUUUUGACUCAACCCACUGUGGAUAUGACAGCAACCAUGGUUCUGGGAAACCAUGGUUAAUUAGAAGCCUGGUUGCUCGUGAUGCAAAGGGAGGAAUGAAGGGUUUCGUGUGCUUGAGCAAAAGGGCCUGUUCUCCAAACUAUUACUGUCCAAACUAUUCAUUUGGCACCUUAAGAACAAGCAGAUUUAUUGUAGCGUAAGCAUCAAUCUAGGCCGACUCAGUGUAAGGCAACUUUCUUUACCAAUAUGAAAGGUUGCUGCAAGGCUUACUGAGAUAAUGAUAAUCCCCCUCAACACUAUAAUAAGGUUAAGUAUUAUAUUAUUAGCAUUCUCCUUUUAAAAAAUCAUAUGCGUCAAAAAACGCGUAGGGAAAGUUCAGGUUGCACAGCUGUUAACGGGGAAGCCUUGUGGGAAGGUUGCGUUACACAAUCUUGCCGUUGUAGUUGCUGAAUAAAUCUGGCGGUCGGCUCAUUCUGGUGCGGUACGUUGUCUUCUUGAUAAUGGCACAGCUGGGUGUUUAAGGGAUGGCAGCUCUUCAGGAACUUAAGCAUUACACAGCUCUCUGUGUUCUAUAAAUACUUUCUGCUUAAGAAGCCAGCUCUCACAGAUUGCAGAAGCUAAGGCUGCAUGCUUGCCUGUGAUCCGUCUGGCGUCAGGGGCAGAAAGUGCUCUGUCGGAUUUUGCAAGAAGGCCACCCCAUAAUUGCAGUCUUCGCCUCCCGCCUCUGCUGUGGCUUCUGAAUCAACAGGGAGGCACAGUCUAGAAUAGCAAGUGAGGGUUCAAAGGGAAAUUAGUCCCCCUUGUUUACACUGGGCUUAAUCACGUAAUUGAGGCAUCAGAAGAAACUGCUUCGGCCCCAGACAAACCUAGCCACUCAGUUAGUCAUGCAGAUCUGAAUAUUACUCCAUUUUAGCUCACUUGUGCCUUUUUUGUUUCCAAGGAAACAGCUGAAAGGUACCGUAUUUCUAUAUAACCUUGCAUGUUUCUGCGGAAUCUUAUUCACUGCAUAGAAAACAGGACUGCAGCCUUCAAUCCCUUUAGCUGGUAAAUUAAUCAACUAAAGUUUUAGCUGAUAAAUUUUCAGGAGACCAGUUUUCAUCAGUGAAGCUGAACAUUCAGAGCACACUUGCCUAGUUUCUGAGAUUAUCUUUAUUCUGCUUUGUUGCACCAAUCAGGCAUUUUAAAAAGAAAAUGUUAACAGUUGACAUUUCCAUGUAAUGAUAAGUGAUAGUUUUGAUCAAAUUGUGACAACUCACGCUUCAUUUAGUAUCGCAGAAAGGUGUUGGGAAAUUCCAAUUUAUUUACAUGUCGUUGAUUAAUAAAUCAUUUGGUUAGAAACAAACGAUGAUCAAUUAAAACCCCCCAUGAAAAGACAACAGAAGAGAUAAUGCAAGAACCAGAUUUUAAUGUACAGUGGUGCCUCGCAAGACAAAAUUAAUUCGUUCUGUGAGUUUUUUCGUCUUGCGAAGCACGGUUUCCCAUAGGAAUGCAUUGAAAAUCAAAAAAGGCUACCACACCUCAAAAAAGGCUACCACACCGCGUGCUAUGAGUUGCUCCUCGAAGUCAAGUCGCAACUGCACCUCUUCAAGCAAUGCACCCUGGGUACAGUAUUAACGGUUUUAAGAAAAAGGAAACAAACUCGCAAGACGUUUUCGUCUUGCGAAGCAAGCCCAUAGGGAAAUUCGUCUUGCGAAGCAACUCAAAAAACGAAAAACUCUUUCGUCUUGCGAGUUUUUCGUCUUGCGAGGCAUUCGUCUUGCGAGGUACCACUGUAUUGUCCUGAGGUAGCAAAAUAGACGUUCUGCAAUUUCAUAAUUUAAUAAGUGUAACUGCAAAAUUAAAUUGGGUUGUGCAUUUUUCAAGGGCAAGCAUCUUUCCAUUUGUGUGUGUGAGAAUUAUAGUUUCAGUUUUUUCUUGAGUACAGUGGUACCUCAGGUUAAGUACUUAAUUCGUUCCGGAGGUCCGUACUUAACCUGAAACUGUUCUUAACCUGAAGCACCACUUUAGCUAAUGGGGCCUCCUGCUGCUGCUGCGCCGCCGGAGCACGAUUUCUGUUCUCAUCCUGAAGCAAAGUUCUUAACCCGAGGUACUAUUUCUGGGUUAACGGAGUCUGUAACCUGAAGCGUAUGUAACCUGAAGCGUAUGUAACCUGAGGUACCACUGUAUAUCCCCUGUCUAGAUAAGAUGUAGACAAGGGCUGAGCAUGAUGGCUUUGUAGCUGAACGUUCCUCAGUCCUUAAGUUCUCCAUGCUAUUCCUCCAGAUUGAGCCAGACUUUGGUGAAGGACGUAGCAAUCCUUGCUCGAGAGAUUCAUGACGUUGCUGGAGAUGGAGAUUCCCAGAGCUCAUCGGGAACGGGGCCAAGCACCUCCCACAGUUCUGUGCCUAACACCCCUGCCUCUACCAUAUCAGCAAGGGAAGAGGUAAGAUGGCGGCUUAAGACCUAUGCGGUAGUGAAUGCAACCAAAAUACAGAGCUUAGAGGAAGCUUCAUUAGGUCAGAGCAGCGUUUCCCAAACGUGGGUCUCCAGCUGGUUUUGGACUACAAUUCCCAUCAUCCCUGACCACUGGUCUUGCUAGCUAGGGAUGAUGGGAGUUGUAGUCCAACAACAGCUGGAGACCCAAGUUUGGGAAAAGCUGAGCCAGAGGGUCCCAGUCAACCCUAUCCCUGUUUCAGAAAUUCUGUACCUGCUAAGGCCCAUCUACCUUCCCCUUGAUUUCCUCUCCUUCUUGGGAGCAGGGGAAGAAAAGCACAAGCCACACUCUCAAGCCCUCUCGAUUUAGUAAAAUUAACUUUAGCUCACCCUACCUAUGCCCUUUUUGCUAGUUCUUUCUUUUGCAGCAAAAUGAGGUCAGAAGCUAUUGGGACACCAAACCAGUUCUCCCCAAAAUGUUUAGUUACAGAGACCCCUGCCGUAUUUCCGCAACCCUCUCAGCAGCUUCCAAUAAUGGGGACCAGGAACAGGGACUGCUAUGGGAUGCCAGGCAUGGGGUGGUGGUAACGGCAGUUCCCUGCCCAGUUCCUCCUCUUCUCCGAGUGACGCUUGGUUCCUGAAAUGUGUGACCUGUCUUCAUCACACCCUGUGUUUCUCUGCUCCCAUGCCUUGUGGCUGGCUAUUGGUUGCUGUUAGAUUGGGGUAGGAACAUGCACAAUGUCGUGAUGUUACAUCUUGUUCCUCCCUAUGUUUUGCAAUCAGUUUCCCUUUCACAAAGAAUUCUGGUGCUGGAUAUUGGAAAUCUGCUGUAUUCAAGGUCAGCUCUCCCCACUGAAAGUCAAGCCUUCAUUUUGGGAUUUUUGUUAAGUUGUGGGUGAACAUAUCAGACGACACUGUGAUUCUUCAAACAGCUCUUGUUUAUUCACAGGCCAGAACUGAACUGAACUGAAGGGUUCAGUCAGCCUGCUUAUAUAGAGCUCCAGUACAACGUAACUGUAACAAUUUUCUAAAACUAUCCAAUCACUGAACUUCACUUUCGAUCCCUUAUUUGCAUAACUAUCUACAGUAUCCCCCUGCUGGCCCAGGGUGAGAACUUCAGUACAUAACAAUUUUUAUAUGACAUGGUGCACUCCCCACAAACACACACCCUUUCUCCCUAAGAUUCAGUAACCGGCUAGCUUUUCUACAUUACAUCCAAGUUUUCUACUCCACGAUCAUUCAUUUUGCAUGCACAUUCAUAUGUAAAGCUGCAACGUGUAUCUUUCCAGUUAAGGAGGGAGUAAGAGCUACUUCUCCCUGGUUGGACUCUCUGUCAUGGUGCCAUUAUCAUGCAUGGCGCUUUACAGAGUUUGAGCAAAUUGGUCCCUUCCUCCAGGAGUUUAUGACCAGAAAUUCAACACAGGAGGAAGUGAGAGAGGAGACAGGGAGGGAAGGGGGAACAGACUCCUGUUCUUGAGAACAAAACUACUAAAACUCUUGGACCAUGCAACUGUGGUUAAUGGGGACUGGGGCGAGAUCAGGGCAUUACAUCAGUGUUUCAUCACCUUCAAUGGCUUCUAGCCAAUUCAGAGUACAGGGAUUAAUGUCUAAAGCCCUAAAUGGCUUGAGGUCAGGAUACCAGAAGAAUCACCUCCCCUGUACAUACCUGCCCGGACUAUAAGAUCCUCACUGGAGACCCUUUUUCCAGGUUCCCCCUCCUAGUGAAGUGAGCUGGAUGGAUACUAGGGAUAGGGCCUUCUCAGUGGUGGUGCCCUGUUCCUGGAAUGCUCUCCCCAGAGAGGUUGGUCUGGAGUUUGCAUUGGGAAUUUUCAGUGAUAGCAGGGAGACCUUUUCAUGUUUUUAGUUCUUGCAACUACUUUGUUUUCCCCCGGUCAGUUGUUAGUGUUGUUGCAUUGAUCUUAUGCUGCUUUGUUCACCGGUUUUUGCUCAUUUUAUGUAGGUGCUGCUUUUAUAUUGAUUGUUUUCGUGAUUGUAUUUAAAUUCAAUGAAAUGCAAUUUCUGGACUGCCCAGAGGACAUGCUUAACCGGGAGGUAUUAAACGUGAUUGCUUUGCAACUGAAAUCUCUUUCGCUUGCACAGCCCUGCAUCUCUCUAGUUUGAGACCUCCGUCCAGUGGUUGCCCCUUGCAGUUCCUGAGCAGGAGGAGCCUGUUCUGCCAAGGCAGUUUUGAGAAGAGCAAUUCCUCUUUUAGCAACAAUAGCUAUUCAAGGGUACUGCCAACAAAUCUAAUUCAGCACCUCUAAAAGCAAAGACAGGAAAAGUUUAGCUAAUUAAUAAUACAGCUGGCACAGUGUAGUGGUUAGAGGGUUGGGUUAGGACCCAGGAGAUGAGAGUUCGAAUCUCCACUCAGCCAUGAAGCCCGCUCAAUGACCUUAGGGUAGAAAUAUAAUCAUACAUGUAUAUGUAGUGUAUUGGCCUCCUCACACUGGACUUAGAACCACUACUGUAAACCACUGGAAAUGCCUUAGUUCUGUCGUUAUGUUCAUCUGGUGGUUGUAUAUUAUGAUUUACCAAGGCAGAGCCCGGGGCACUCAGUUGGGAGGGUGAUACUUUCCCAACAGAGAAUGGGUAACGUUGGGUUAUUAAAUUACUUACUUGCAGAUCUUGUCAUUUGAAGCUGCCAAAUAACCAUUCUCCCUCUUAUCUCUCAGUUCCAUAUGGACUUUUUAUUGCCUGUAAGUAAAAUAUUAAUAGAAAUAGAUUAGUAUAGAGAAGUCUUCCUGUGUGUGUGUGUGGUGCUUUGUAGACCUGCUGUACUUUCCCACCUUUAAAAUCUGGUUGAAAUAGCAACGAUUUGCAGGUGGAACAGAAACCCUGUAGCUCCCACUCUCAUACAAGCAAGCUUGGCCUAGAUGCAUGUGGUGGUCUGUAAACUAUGGGACUUGAUCUUGUUUCUAUAAAUAAGGAUACCUGCUGGAAAGGCUGGAGAACUAAGAUGUUAAAGUUCAAAGGAAAACACCGUUAAAAUAUGAUAACCCCAACCUGAACGUUUUGUUUGUUUGUUUGUUUGUUUGAGCUAUAGGUGCAAUCCUAACCCCAACUAAUGGAGAUGGUGCAGCAAUUGGGUCUGGAUUGAACCCAAUGCCGUCCUGUGAUGGUGGGUGGGACCAGCUCAGCCACUCUCCACCCCCACGUUGGGGCUUUUGGCUGGCAGCCCCCAGCAGCAGGGAACCUGCCAACAGCACUGGCCCCCCUCCUGCACAUUUGGUGGGCAUAAUGGGGAAUUUUAUGCCAACAGAGUGCCUCUGUGCAAUCCAGCCUCUCCUACCUGGCACAAAGUGGGUUUGGAUUUCACCCUGGGACCUGAAACGGGGACACCCCCCGCCCAGAAUAAAGGCUGCCUCCUUCCCAUCACCAGCCCGGAGACAAGAGGUCAUGGUUGAUGCUGUCAGUCUACUUGGAUUUGGACUUGAUAUCCCACUUUAUCACUACCCUAAGGAGUCUCAAAGCGGCUAACAUUCUCCUUUCCCUUCCUCACCCACAACAAACACUCUGUGAGGUGAAUGAGGCUGAGAGACUUCAGAGAAGUGUGACUAGCCCAAGGUCACCCAGCAGCUGCAUGUGGAGGAGCGAGGAAGCGAACCCAGUUCACCAGAUUACGAGUCCAUCGCUCUUAACCACUACACCACUGGCUCUUGGGGAGUUGGGGAGAUUUGUUCCUCCCUCCCUUAACGCUAGUUGCUGUCCAGCAGUCUGCAGCAUUGAACCCCCCACCCCAAAGUCCAAAGAUCACCCUACAGUGUUCUUAAAAGAUGCUCAGUGUAAGAUUUUAGCAGCACUUCAAGGGCUUUUCUCUGUUGCUUUGGGACAUCUGCUGAGUGCCACUCUGUACGCUCCGGUCCAGUUCUGGUGUCUAAACGCAGCUCUUUAAAAAGCAACCAAGAGUCUCUGCCAUCUUAAAGCCAUAUCUUGCACAAUUUUCUAUUUUCCAUAAUUUUUCAGAAGGAUACCUUAAUCUGCAUACAUUCAUGGUGGUUAUUUUUUUCCUGGAGAAUACCUUGAUUCGUAAAUCUUGACUCACCAUAGUGUCAUUUCCUGUUAAAAGGAUCUUGGGUACCAGGGCUGGGAAGGAGACACCAUCAGUUCUGCCAAUCAGAACAGACAGUUCUGGACAACAUGGCUCCUAACUCAAUAGGAGGCAGUUUUGCAUGCUUGAAUGUUAUGUUUGAACUUUCUAUGAGAACAUUGCUGCUUCUUUGAUUUGCCUUUUGCUUUCUCAGUUACAUUAUUCUGUACUUUUGCCUUUUGGCUCACCCUCUCUGUAUAUGUGUGUGCAGAUUCUGUUGCUCUUAUGAUCAACAUUGAUCUCUCUCUAUCUCUUCUUUUUCCUUUCUUUUUUUAAAUGCAGAUUGCUCAUUCAUCUUUGCGGGCAGCAAUUCCAUCUCAGGUGCAUUUUCCAUCCCACUUAUUUCUACUUUUUAAAGCGCUCUUAAAGUUGCUUUUUAAAAAACAACAACAAAAAACCUCAUUUAAAUUAAUAUGUUUUAAGUUAGGGAUGUAGGGUAUUUUUAAUUAAAAAAUAUAUUAUUAUUUGGCUAAUCGUUAUGGCAUUACCGUUCUCUGCCUUUGUUUUCCUUCCCUGCAUUUUCUAGCAUUGCAUUAAUUGCAUUUCUUUGAUCUGGUUAUGUUACACAUUUAUUAAAGAUGAAGUUCAAUUAGGAAAAGAUGCAAUCGGGAGCCAAUUAUUCCUCCUCGCUCCUGCCCCAACUUUCCCCACCCGUGACCCGAGUAUGUUUGACACAACAUCUACAUGGCAUGUAUGCACUUAGAGUUCUGUUCACCUAUGCCAGGCCUGUGACAUCUUUGUCCUUUGAUUUUUGGGCUUUUCAGAACACUGGUUUGUGGAAGUGAACUUGAUAGCUCCAUUCCGAAAAAAAAGUGCCACCCCCUGCCCCAAUUUCUGCUUGUUUGGUAGAAGUUCCGAAUUGAAAGCCUGCAUGCAUAUAACUGUAUACCCAGGGCCGUUUCACUGCAUGAAACAAAGGACAAUUUCCAUAUAGAGAAUCUGCCUGGACUGACAGCUGAAUUGUACUACCAUAUUGGCCCGAAUAUAAGCUGCACUUGCAAAUAAGCCACACCUUUACAAUUCGGCAGCUUGGGGGAGGCUUGGGAGCGUUAGACGGGCUAGGCGCCGUUGCCCCACACUCCCAGGCUGCUUCCUGCUGGUGGUGGUGGGGUGAGCUGCAUCGCUUUGCUGGCAGUGUAAGAUUGUGAAUAUAAGCUGCACUUUAACUUUUCACAAUUGGAAUUUGGAAAAAAAAAGUGCAGCUUAUAUUCGGGCCAAUACGGUACUUCAGCGCUGGGGACCAGACAGUGUCCAUCGCUGCACCUAAGCUCUACAGGCCAGAUUAGGGCAGACUGUGUGGUCACAGAGCUGUGUCUUUCACACACACACACCGGUCUCAGCAUCUGCCACUUGAGGCAGCUAUACCUAACAGUAGAGCCGGCUGUUUGUAUGCGCAUUGUUUCCUUCACACGGCUUGCAACCCUGCACAAUACGGAUCCCAAACUGCUUUGAGGAACCUAGCACUGCACCCACGUAGGCCUCUCGUUCAGACCUCCCACCAAACACGCAGAGAUUUGGAGGCAGGGCCCGUGGUCCCUGGGCACAGCCCCCUUCCCUCUUCUGCAUGUUCCUGCAUCACAAAAUUGUAUAGUUGGGAGUGGCCCCAAAGCCUGUUCAGUCCAACCCCCUGCAAUGCGAAGGGCAUUUUUUGAAAAAUGGUAAGGGUUGUAUGUUCCUUAGGUUUAUGUGCACGGUAACCUAAGCUGAUAUGCGCUAUUAAUACAUGACAACAAGCAUGUGCAGACUGGGAGCAUGCUUGCCUGCCACAUGGCUGGCUUUGCCCAGUUCAGCUGCGAUGUAGGGAUGUGCAGAUCUGUCUGUUUUGGUUUCUCUCUGUUUCACAUUUGUCAAUUUGUUUAUCCCCAUUUUCACAUCAGUUUACAUUAAAAAAAAAAAAAAAGACCACAUGAAAAUUUGUAGGCAUUUUUGGUGUCCCUUUCACCUCAUGUACACAUUUUUCCUAUGCAAUUUUGCCUAAUACGUACACACUUUUCUUGUUUGCAAGCACUCCCCCCCCCCAAUUUGAUGCUUUCUUGUGCACUGAUAGAACCGUUUUGUCACCUCGCUUUCCCCAAUGUACACUUCUUUCAGAAAGCAUUUUUUGCUGGUGGGGGAGCUGCACCGCAAAAUUCGGUGAACGGCUGGUUGUCACGUUUUGCGUAUUUGCGUGGAAAGGGUGAGUUGGGUAGCUCCAUGUUAAAUUGCGAACUGAACACAUUUUUUCCUUCCAUCCCUGGAGAGAUGCAAACAAGCGUAAGAACUGCCUGGGAAACGGGCUAACUGAGCAGUGAGCUGAAUAGAAAAAGGUGUGCAGGAUGCCUUUGUGCUAUUUUGAUAGUGAAAUUUUGACUAAACCUAAUGGGGGCGUUGGGAAAAGGCCUCAAAAUUUUGGAAUGGCUAAGGCUGAAAAGACGCAUGACAUAGGAAUGCUGUUGAAAGUGUCGCUGCAUCGAUAAUCUGUUCUUCCCUACUCAACCUGUGAUGGGACACCAUCACAUUAUGAGUUUUUCUUGCGGUUGUAGCUGGUGUUGUCGAACUGGGGCGGGAAAACAGGCUGUGCGAUGUCAUCGGGUCACAUGGAGGGUACUCAUACGCAUUAAAGAGGGAAAGAACUAGAGGAAUGUCCCUGGGACACAUGUAACAUGUAGUUCGGCCUAGAUGAAGCAGGACGUAGUGUUCACCUAUGUCAGGCAUGGCCAGAGUCUGUUUCAGGGGCUUAAUCCAGCCUGCCGGAUGGUUUAAUCCAUCCCCUGUGGCAGUUUAUUUCCAGGGGUAAAAUCCAAAAAAUACCCUCAACAAGUUCAAUCCUAAACUCAACAACUUUGGGGUAAAAUCAUAAAAAAGGUCAAAGGUCAACAACUUCUAUCCUAAAAAAAGGUCAACAACUUUGGUCGGCCCUCAUGGCCCUUCAUGUCAUCAAAUCUGGCCUUCUUUGAAAAAAGUUUGGACAUCACUGAUCUAUGUGCUUUACCCUACACUUUUAUUCCUCUGUCCCGAACGGCGAUAUACAAUAAAUUCUCUCAUCGUUCGUUAUGUAUUUCAAAGCUGGUUCAGCACAUACCAGAAGCAAGCCUGAACUACCAGAAGGUGCCUCCUGGCUCAACAGGAUUCCACGAUUAUGACCAAAAUAUGAAUGACAGCCGAGAAGAGGAUCUCACAAGGAAAACAAGGAUGAGAAACAGGGAAGAGGUAAGUUCUUGUCAAGUGUGCUCACAAGCCACGCAACAGAUAGUUUAACACCAGGUUGUCAAAGCUGGCAGUUACAGGGCUACCCACCUGUCAGUCACCUGACGUCGCAUAGAGCACAGCUCUAGGCAAGCUGAUCCCCAGGGCAUGUAGGGAAGGUGGGCAUGGCUCAGGCAAAUGGGAAGAUCUCGCGUUCUAAUCAGGCCCAUGGACCUGGAGGUUUCCAAUCACUGUUGUAGACAGUCAUUUGGGAACAGCACAUUAGUAUUAGACAGUCAUCUGGGAGCAAAUAUUCAAAAAUAAAUGAAUUGUGCCUCAUUUAUCAGGAGCUUGUUUUAAUUCAUGAAUGGGGAAUCUGUGACUUUCUACAUCCUGGACUAUAAUAAUAAUAACAACAACAAUAACAAUAAUAACAAUAAUAACAAUAAUAACAAUAAUAAUUUAUUGUUUAUACCCCACCCAUCUGGCUGGGUUUCCUCAGCCGCUCUGGACGGCUUCCAACAAAAGAUUAAAAACACAUUAAAACAUCAGUCAUUAAAAACUUCCCUAAACAGGGCUGCCUUCAGAUGUCUUCUAAAUGUCAGACAGUUGUUUAUUUCUUUGACAUCUGAUGGAAGGGCGUUCCACAGGGCUGGCGCCACUACCAAGAAGGCCCUCUGCCUGGUUCCCUGUAACCUCACUUCUCACAGUGAGGGAACUGCCAGAAGACCCUCGGCGCUGGACCUCAGUGUCCGGGCUGAACGAUGGGGGUGGAGAUGCUCCUUCAGGUAUACCAUCAAGCCCAGCCAACAUGAGCCAGUGGUCAGGGAUCAUGGUAGUUGCAAUCUAGCAUAAUCUAGAAGGCCACAGGUUUCCCAUCCCUGUUUCAGUUUAGCUGAUCAAGCAGUAGCCUUUUUUGUGAUUAUUAUUUUUUAAUUGUUUUUAAAAUCAUGGAAAGACUUCAGGAAGCUUCAGCAGAUUAAAACCAGCUUGUGUGAAAAAAAUACAUUGGCUAGGAUCUUAUGAAGUUCUAAAAGUAUACACCAAGCUUCCCAUGCAACCAUUUGUAUUCAGCCCAUUGGCACUUAUCAUAUCAGGUUAUAAUCUGCCAGUGAAGUUCUACAACAGCCUUUCUCAACUUGUGGUUCCCCAGAUGUUGUUGAACUACAACUCCCAUCACCCCUAGCUAGCAAGGCCAGAGCUCAGGGAUGAUGGGAGUUGUAGUCCAACAACAUCUGGGGACCCAUAGGUUGAGAACUGCUGCUCUACAAGUAGACCUGAUCCCUUCCCUGUUAGUAACACAAAACAUUGUUUCAUUUGGGAAAACACCAUGAAUAUAUCCUCCAAAUGCAGAGGUCUAAUCCUGUUGUAGUAUCACUUCUGAUAAACACCAGCUUCUGCAGAAAGAAAUGUUGCUAAGAUAACUUAAAUAGAAAUACUUGCAAGUACCAGAUUGGCUUAGGAUUUAAAUAUGUGAUGUUAUAGAAUAAUAUGUUUGAAGUUAAUAUGAAAAGAAAAAAAGAUGUUAAUCGACUAAGUAAAUUUUAUGAGAAAUUAGUUUUGGAAAACUGUUACAAUGAUAUACAUUGAAACUCGGCCAGGGCGAUUCGAGGAAGUCACUUAACAAUGUUAACAAAAGUGGAAUUAUUACAGUUAGGAUUUAUGUUUGUUUGUCUGUUUAUGUUUGUUAUAAAUUUGGAAAAGCAAUAAUUUUUUUUGAAAAAAAGGAAAUGUUGCUGUUUGUGGUGUUGCGUUUCAGGUAAUCUUUGACAACUUGAUGCUGAAUCCAGUGUCCCAGUUAUCCCACACCAUCCGGGAACACACAGAGAACCUGGCGGAGAAAAUGAAGUGAGUGGAUGCCCUCAGUCUAAACUUCACAGUGGUGAAGCUGUGGAGGAACCCUGUUGCACGCUACCCCAGGCUCCUGGUCCGGAGGAGAUGACUGAUUCAAAUAGCGAGGGUUUUUUCUGCCAAGACCUGCACAUUUCCCAAGGCCUGUUGGAGAUAAUGUACUGUAUAUUGACAGGGAAAUGUGGACAAUUCGAGAGCCAGUGUGAUGUGGUGGUUAAGAGCGGUGGACUCGUAAUCUGGUGAACUGGGUUCGCUGUCCCGCUCCUCCACAUGCAGCUGCUGGGUGACCUUGGGCUAGUCACACUUCUCUGAAGUCUCUCAGCCCCACUCACCUCACAGAGUGUUUGUUGUGGGGGAGGAAGGGAAAGGAGGUUGUUAGCCCCUUUGAGACUCCUUAGGGUAGUGAUAAAGUGGGAUAUCAAAUCCAAACUCCUCCUCCUCCUCCUCUUCUUCUUCUUCUUCUUCCUCCUCCUCCUCCUCCUCCUCAUGAAAAUAUUAUUUGCACAUUCUCCAUGAGGCCUUCUGAAUGUGCACUGUAGCAGGUUGUCAUACAUGUUAAUCCCUCCCUCUCUUUAUAAUACAGUUUCUGUGGGCUCAUUUAGAAGCCUACAUUGGAACUGCUGCCUCCCUCUCAUUGCCCCUGACUUCAGAAUGCAGGGGAGCUCAGAGAACGGUCUUUGAUAGAAUCAUAGAAUUAUAGAAUUGGAAGGGACCCCAAGAGUCAUUUAGUCCAACCCCCUGCAAUGCAGGAUUCUCAAUAGAUCACACAUGACAGGUGGCCAUCCAACCUCUGAUAAAAACUUCCAAGGAAGAGGAGAGUCCACAACCUCCCGAGGGAGACCAUUCCACUGGCGAACAGCUCCUAACCACCAGAAAGUUCUUCCUGAUGUUUCAUUGAAAUCUCCUUUCUCGUAACUAAGGAUGAUCUUAAUGCAUCGACAGGCAGAUGUGGGAGGUAGAAAUCUAUAUGCCAGGGGUGGGGGAAUCUGUGGUUGUCCAGUUGUUGUUGGACUACAACUCCCAUCACCCCCAUCGUCAGCUUGGGCCUGAUGGGAAUUUCAUUUAAUUUAUAAUUUAUUAAGUGUGUAGACCAUCCUUCACCCAAAGAUCUAAGGGUGAUUCACAGCAUACAAAUACAAAAGAAGAAGAUAAAAUACAUAAUAAAAAAGAGAGAGAGAGUGGAGACCAAAAGGGCCACAGGUUCUUCACCCUAGUUUAUUACUGUAUUGGAGACAAUUAUUCCUGAGCAUGUUCCUUUUUUUUUGACAAAACAUUGUCUUAUGUUGUGUGUCAGAAUUCUGUUCCAGAAUACUGAGCGGACAUGGGAGGAGAUGGAGGCCAAGAUUAACUCUGAAAAUGAAGUGCCAAUUCUAAAGACCUCAAACAAGGUGGGGAAUGUUUGUCCUGUACUGUGUGCUUAGUUUUACAAGAAGACUUUGUUGAUCUUCAACCCUUAGACUUACAUGCGCAAACCUACCUUCCUUCUUUUAUUUAUUGAUGGCACAGUUAAGAUGAAUGCAGGGCACUAGAAUGAGUGCAAGGGGGGAGGCAUGAUAGAGGUGCAUAAAAUUAUGCGAGAAUUCAGGGACAACCAGCAAAACGAAGCUGAAUUUUGGAAAGUUCAGGACAGACAGAAGAAAGCAGUUUCUUAAUGGAGCACAUCGUUAAACUAUGGAAAGUGCUUCCACUAGAUGUAGUAAUAACCACCAACUUGAGUGACUUCAUAAGAGGAUUAUGCCUCUGAUUAUCAGUUACUGGAAAUCACAAUUGGAGAAAGUGCUGUCACUUUCAAGAUCUUCCCCUAAGCAUCUUUUCAGCCACUGUGAGAAUAUGAUGUUGGACUAGGCAGCCUCUUCUUCUGUUACAUUCAUUGAAAUGUGCAUCUGAAGUGAAAAUCUCGAAACUUGGCUCGUUACAGAUUUUGGUUCUUAAUUUUGUCUCCUUUUUUCACACUUCUUUUUGUUGAAAGGGCACUGGUACAUGGCUGCUCUUACAAAUGACAUUUGUAAGGUCAAAAUAUUGAGUUUUACUACUACUACUAGAGGGCGGGUGGGGUGAAGCUUUCAGAAACCAAAUGUGACUUUAAAAACCUUUAAAUAGAAAAAAGAGAGAGGCUAAUUUAGAAACUUUGCCCCAGUUUAUGUUUUAAUAUGGGAAGUUGAACAGAUCUGGAGCUAGACAGAAAUUGCUUUCACUGAUAGAAUAAACGCGUUCUCAGUCCCUUUAGCGUUUGAAUUACUAAACAUAUCGUUCUUUAUUACUAGGAAAUCAGCUCUAUUUUGAAGGAGCUCCGCAGAGUCCAGAAACAACUAGAAGGUUUGCCUUAUUUUGACCUCCCUUUUUCUCUUUGAUUUGCGUUAAAUGCAGUUCAUUGUACUAAGAGCUGGGCUGGAUCUACACUGACCUUUUAAAACGUCAUUAGAGCGAUAUUGCCUAUGCCGUUCUAAAACGUCACAGGGCAUACUGCAAAAAUUACAUUCAUUACCUUAUUGUUAUUCCUCUGUAACAGCAGUUCCCCUUACUGCCUGGUUCCUGGUUGCUCUGCAGCGCCCUCUGGUGUCACAUUUACUAACGCUUUAUUAACCUUCUUAGCAAAACGUAAUGUGACCUUUACCUUUUGAAAAUCAUCCCUUAACUCUUUCUUAACGUUAUAAACCAUGAGUGUAGAUCCACCCACAGAUAAAAGGGAAAGAAGAACAUAUGUACGUUUCCGAGCACAAUUCAAAGUGUUGGUGCUGACCUUUAAAGCCCUAAAUGGCCUCGGUCCAGUAUAUCUGAAGGACCGUCUCCACCCCUAUCGUUCAACUGGGACACUGAGGUCCAGCUCCAAGGGCCUUCUGGCGGUUCCCUCACUGCGAGAAUCAAAGUUACAGGGAACCAGGCAGCGGGGCCUUCUCGGUAGUGGCACCCUCCCUGUGGAACGCCCUCCCAUCAGAUGUCAAGGAAAUAAACAACUAUCUGACUUUUAGAAGACAUCUGAAGGCAGUCCUGUUUAGGGAAGUUUUUAAUGUUUGAUGUUUUAUUGCUUUUUAUUUAUUAUUAUCAUUAAUAUUUUGUUGGGAGCCGCCCAGAGAGGCUGGGGAAACCCAGCCAGAUAGGCGUGGUAUAAAUAAUAAAUUAUUAUUAUACUAUUAUAGCGCCCCCUGCUGCCCAAUUCCCUGCAUGCCAGGUUUUAUAUCACCUGGCAUUGUUUUGGAAAUGAUGAUGAUGAUGAUAUUUAUACCCUUCCCUUCUGGUUGGGCCUCCCCAGCCACUCUGGGCGGCUCCCCACAGGAUAAUAAUAAUAAUAAUAAUAAUAAUAAUAAUGCAAUAAAACAGAUAAUACUUAACAAACAAAAUAAAAUAGAAGCCAUUCAUCUGCUUGACUGCCAGCCAUCAAGUGUGAAGUAACAGGGGGUUAGCAUUGAGUGGAGAGAGAGAGAGAGAGAAUGAAUGAGAAUGUGUAGCCCUGUAGCCCUAUAAAUCCAUCUUAAGUCUCACUUGGCUUUCUCUCCCUCUUUUCUGCAGUUAUAAAUGCCAUCAUUGACCCAAGUGGAAAUUUGGAUGUGCUCGCCAAUAACAAAAUGUCUUCUGCUACAACACAGUCUGUGGCUGCUAAAAUCAGGACUGCUAACAACAUUUCCGGGUCCAUGUUGGAGGCGUUGUCUCCUGUCAAGAAGAGAAAUUACGUGCAGAAAUCAAACUUUGGCUCUGCUAGCCUGCAGGAUGCGACGUUUGUUCCGGAUGGGGAGAAAUACGUGAUCUAG